AUGGGAUCACCCACUAAAUUAUUACCCCAGAAUGAACAGGAAACCCCUGAAGGAGGGAAACAAAUUGAUGUUGAUGCAAGUCCUCUCUCAAGCUCAAAGCCUCCAAGGGUUAAAAGACCUCAGUCUGUAGAAGAGUUUGUCAAAUCAAACAGCUGUUCCCCUAGUCCUCAGAGUAGUGGUAUGCAUUAUAACAACAAAUCCCUGUCUGAGUCUCCAGACUUCAGAACAGCAAAACUUGCAUGGGAAGGGCAAAGCAGGAUGACUGAACCAAGCAGAAAUGAAACAGAAAUCUCAAAUGGUCAUACAGACUCAGUACUCCAGGAUUUUGUAGAAAGCUGCACCCUAACAGCUUCACAAAAUGUCUCUUCUAUGUAUUCAUUCAGAGAGCAUGAUGAUGAGACACUGUCUGUUCUAAAUAUCUGUUUCCCUCCAUCAACCACACCUACUUUUGGUUUAUCACGUUCUGUCUCACCACUUGAAUCAGAUCGUGAGAGAUACAACAGUCUUGUGGAGAAGGCAAUUCAUACCAGCAUGGUAGCACCAUUAUCUAGGGAAUGGAAGAAGAAGACACAUGAUUUUCUUCCAAAAUCCUUGAAACAGGAUUUUAAAGAAACACUUGAUGCGCUCGACAAGGUAUUUGUCUUAAUUAUUGCAUUUUGUUAGCCUUAUGCACAAGUACAAGUUGUAAUGAUAUCAAUAAUGAUGUUUUUUAGGGAACCCAACUUGCCAAGGCAGUUUUCAUUGGGACCCUCAAGUUAUCAUUUAUCUUUAUGGUCAUGCAGUGUGAAGUGCUUUUGGGGAAAAUUUUUCUACCGUUUGGCUUUGAUCUCUGUGCUGCUCCACAUAAUUUUCAGAUCUUUUAUUACCUCUUUCUAAUCCUUUAUGUUCAGGUUAUAAGUUGAACUAUGGUUAGGAAAAAUGGUAGCACAUACAGAGGGUAGAAAAUGCUCCAUAAUCAAAUAUAUUCCUUUCUGAACUUAAUAUGUGAAAUUUCUUGAUCUUCCAGUCUCCAUGGGGGUGGGGGAAGGGUUUGGCUAAUCACUGCAAAAGAAAAAAAGAGGUCAUCUAUCAUCUACAGUUAGUAGUGUGUUUUGCAGGUGUUGCAUAUACAAUACAAUGCAUAUAAAAUAAUUGACAAAAGUACUGAAGACUUUUCACCGAUGAGACCACUAUCCUGAAUGAUCAUUUUUCCCCUUUUUUAUGCUACAUUUUCCUCUUUAACCACCUCCCCCCCCCCUGCUCCCCCCUUUUGAAUGUUGUUUCAAAGCAAAGUAAAUGUUGGCAGUAAAAGACACCCAGAGUAGAGGGUGGGAAAUUGUAUGAGGGAGGGGUGUAACUUGUCCAACAUUAGUAAAAACAGGUAAGUGCCACAACCCUUUUGUCAAGGUGAGUGUCAAUGCUGAUCUGACUUUGGAGACUAGAGACAUAUGUGACUCUUUUUCAGUUAUGAAGCUGUAGUUCAGCUUCAUAAGAUAAUUGUCUGACUGAGAAAGCCACACUGUAUGUAACUUUAUAUACAAAAUUUUUCCAGGAAAUGGAGACAGAAUAUACAAGAAGUGUCAAGCAAAGUAUUCUGGACUAUGUGCUUUUGGAUUUAAAAGAACAAAGAAGACUAGGACUUCAUAUGCCACAACCAGUAAGACAAAUCUUACAUGAUGUUGUUAUAACCUUUUUCAGUCAUAUAUGAAAAAACAGUAAAGAGUUUAUGUCCACAGGCAUAAAUAUGUUUUGGGCCCAACUAAGAAUUGUUUUAAGAUGACUCUGAGAAGGGCUCCAAACAUACUUAUGCCCAAGAACAUUAAUUAUUAAUAUUACUAUCAUUAUCGCUUUAGAGGUAAUUGAAAAAUAAGAAAUGAAAAAAAACAACAACAACAACAACAAAACAGUCUGAAAAAUUAUGCAAGCAUGCAAGUGGGCUCAAAUGCAAAAAAAAAAAAAAAAAACAACAACAACAACAACAACUCCAAAAAAAAAAGAGCAAAACAAAAAUGCAUCACAGUUCCUGGCAAAGUUAUAAUGAUGUGCCUUUUAUAAUGUAGUUCUUUGUAAACUUUUUCUUGUGUCUAUCUUUUAGGUCAUAUAUCCAGCUGGAAGAGAGACUUUUCCUUGGCAUGUUUCAGUUAUCACCUCACGGGAAUACCUUGAGAAUAAUCUAUUUGUAACCCAUGUUGUUCAGAGAGAAUUGUUGUACCUUUGGGAAUCAAAGUAAGUUGAACCCUUUUAAGUUGGGCAUGAAGAGGAUACGUCACAGUACUUUUACUUUCAUGAAACAACUCUGCUUAUUUAGUUUAUGGUAAAAUAUUUUCAUCAAAGAAAUACCUACCAAGUUAAUUUUUGAGAUAUUCUUGUGAAUCAAAAGGUAUCAUAAUAAUGGUGCUUUUCAGCAAAAUUUCUCCAUUUCUGUUUGAAGAGAUUUGUGCCAAUUAAGUGUUUGAAGUAUUUGUGGUUAUUGUUACUACCAGAGAGCUGUUUGGAAAUUAAGUUCAGUGAGGUAUAAUAUACCUGCCCACUGUCUUGCUUUGCUCUUGAUUCCUAUACCUGCAAAUCAGACACAUGUUAUUCAAAUUAAAAAAAAACGGUCCUGGAAAACAAAAGCUUUUUUGAAUGAUCUUGAUAUUCCUGAAACCUCUGAUUUGAGAAAGAAAGGAUAUUGAGGAGGAGGUUGUGUUAGAACUCUGAGUCAUUUUGGAAAAUUUCAGAAUGGGUCCUCUACCAAAAAUGUCAAAUCUUUGACUUGGAAAAAGUUGGCAAGUAUAUGCUGUGUUAUGCUAUCAGUUUUUUGGGCUGUCAUCAAGUGUAGGUCAAGUAGUGAUACUUUUAGCUGGGUAUCAUUGUUGUAACCCACAGUGAUAUGCAACCACAAAUAUACAGCUUACACAGGAGAUUACCAGCUUCAUUGCAUAGCUUAGAAAAGCAGUUAGCAGUAGGAGCAGUAAACAUUUAUCUGGUAACUUUUUUAUUGAUUGAUUGCAGUUAUUCAGACUUAAGGCUAAUUGACAUUCAGAGUUUAAAGGAAUCUCUCCCCCUGACAAUAACUGAGCUCAGGAAAAACACUCACAAAGCAACUCAAAAAGGAAUAAAGAGACUUUUGGAUGGAUGGAUACCAUCUUGUGUUAAGAUCAUCAGCGACAGAAGAGAUGACAUUGAAGAAUGGAUGCCAGAGGAUGAGGUGAAAAUUGACUCCAUGUCAUCAAGUACUAUUUGUAGUGAAUUGUUGUAUAGAGCGCUUUUCAACUGAGUUUCAUAAAACGGAAACCACAAUUAUCACACGACCAAAGCGCGGGAAAACGCGGGUGACAAAGUCGUGAUUUUUUCUAGUUUUGUAUCUUAUUGGCUGAAAGACUGGCGUAAGUUUUCAGGACCAAUCAUAGAGCGAAAUGAAGCGAAAACUAAGCAAUCAGAGGAUUACUUUCAACAAAUUGUAAAUAGCUCAAUGUAUCACAACAAUGACAGAUCAAUUCACUUGCAAGCUUGAUUGACCUGAUGAAGAGGCAUGACAUGCCCGUUCAAAAAAUUGUCAAAUCAGUUUACUGACGUGCAAGAUGGCGGGCAAGUACCUGAACAUUGAGUCUUGAGUCUCGUUAUUGUUCUUGUUUACUUGUUCAGUAAAUGUAUCAAAUUACAUAUACGAACAGGCCAUCUUUGUACACGUCUUAACGUUCUGUUGCUAAGUUCCUUCACCAGUCUGUGGUGUAGUUCGGUGUUUCUGUUCCCUUGCAAAGCCUUUAGGUCUAGUGACAAUGAUAAGUAAGUUCAUAAUUGGAGAACAGUCAAGGUCUGCCCUUGCAAAUUUCAUAUCAAUCCACACAUUAAUAAUUUGAAAAGCCAUUUUAUUAGCUAUCAAAAGAACCGAGAGAAAAGUUUGCUUUCAAUUAAUCAUAUUAUCUUUUAAUAAAAUUUUAGAUUUCCAGAGUGGAGAAGAUGGAUCAUUUCUUCUCAUCAGUGGCAUCCCUUAUGUCACACAAUCUUCGCAGUGCUGUGUAUUCUUCUAUUGACGACGUGGUGCAGUUCAUAGAGAUGUACAAAUUUGGAAAUGAUUUCACGGAACCAUUUGAAAGAAGUCUUCCCAUACUACCACAACCAAUCAUUCUUACAGUGGUAAGACGUCUGUAUUUUCUCUGUUAACGUAAUAGUACUUCUGUUAGUAGUAUUUGUUAGGCAGUAUUUUUGUAGCAAUCUUUUCGGAAACAUUUGUGGGCGUAUUCAUAACUAAACUUUACUUGCAUGUGCACAUUAUGUUGGAAUCCUCUUUCAUAUAUCUUGUUGUGCCACAAUAUAGAGUCACCUUUGCUUAGAAGGCGGAACGGAUAUGGGAAGAUAGGGGCAAAAAGGGGGGGGGGGUUUGAGGGGUGUUUGGGGGGUGGGAGAUCUUCAGCCUCUCCUUUACGGAAAUUUGGGAGUGGGUAUCCACCGGUUUUGAUGCAGAAAAUAACUUAAACACAAGAUUCAAUUGGAUUGAAAAGAUAUUUAGUUGAUGUGGUCUUUUGACUUAUUAUUUCAUCAAAAUGGCGCCCGGCGAAGUGUUUAUUUGUAGCGUAUGUCGUUUUUUCAAACAACUACUCACAAAUGCAUAGUGUCAAAUAGAUUACGGGCACAUUGGGCACGGUUGCGAUUGCAAGGAGAUCAGCGUGUCUUAACGAACUACAGACAACAGAAAUGUUGGAAAUAUUAGUAGUGUCAUGCAGUUUUCUGAGUGAACGAUGAGCCCUAGGAUCAUUGUCAGUCUUGGAGCAACUGCGUACCUACCCCUCCCUUAACCCAACAUUAACUUAACUUGCUGGGUGCGCAGUUUCUCAGACACUAAAAUUAAUCCAAAUCCUUCAUGUUUCAACUCGCUCUGCCGCUUCUGUUUAAUUGUAGAUCUCGACGAUUCCAUUGUUGCAUGUCGCAUAUAUGUUGCAUGUUGCAUGCAUGUUGCAUGUUGUUGCAUGUUGCAUAUAUUGCAUGUCUUCAUGGGGUGAUGAGGUCAAAUAAAGCGUCGCUUUACUUAGCACAUUGGACACCUCGUUUCCGGCGCGCUGUCAUUUUAGAUGUAUUUCAAAUCCUAUUAUUGUUUAUCUUAUUUGGAGCGAUUUCAGAUUGAGUAUUGUUAAAGCAAAAACAAGGAAUUCAGUACGGCCUGUCAGAAGGAAGGAGAAUACCCUGAAGAGCCAAUGAGAACUCAGAAUUAAAACAAGCCAACUGCCCAAAGCGCAAGAAAACUCGAGUGACCAAUUCGGAAUGGGGUUUAGUUUUGCAUCUGAUUACUUGAGAGAGUCAAGCAAUCAGAUGCUGAUGUACCAACCAUAGAGUAAGAAAGCAAGACUUAUACAAUCCAGUGGAGUUCCUGAUUACCUUCCAUACUUAAUUGAAAACUGCUCUAUUGGAAACAAUGUGAGCAGUAAAAACAUUUUUAUGAACCCAUUCGUUUUUUGAUAUUCCUAUUUCAUAAUUGAAGGUUCCUGAUGUAGAGGAGGUGACGGUUGCUUAUGAGCCAAGUUUCUCAGAUGUGACCGAAAUCUUACACGAAGUCAUCGAGCACAUGGUGAAAAGUGUCCAAACCCUCGAGCGUGUUGAGCACCAGCUUUUCUACGAAGAUGAAGGGCUAAAAAAGCGUUAUAUCAGCAGUGUAGAGCUCGAUGAAGAAAGAGUUCUGGUGGCCAAGGCAAAAGUGGCUGAUGUAGUGGAGAAAAACAGCGCUGGGCCUCUCAAGUAAGUCAUGGCUUUGGAACUUUGUGUAAUAAUCAUUGGGAAGACAUUUUUACCUCUCAGUGCCUUUUUCACUCAUCUUAUGAAGUGACAGAGUCUAUUUUACGGUUUGUGCUUCUUAAAAAACGUUCCAUUGCAACCCGAAAUUAAUCUUGUCCAUUUUUGACCAUCCUUGUUCCUUCUUGGGGUUUUGAAGGUCGUCCUUUGCAAUUCGCCCGAAUCUCCUCUAUCCUUGACUAAAGUGGUAUUUUUAGUUUAUUAACUUUUCACGUCGAAGAAAACUUUUUAAAAUUUACGACACAGAGUCCUUCAACUGAAAUAAUUCCUCGCAGAUGAUUCAUUAGUCUGCUGAACAGGGCUUACUUCUUUUGCUUCCUUCAGGCGAGCUAAGGCAAGCGUAAGGCGAACUUGAAGGCGAAGCGUGCUCGUAUUUUUUUUUCUCAGCUCUUCGUCUCGAGCUCUCCACCGCUUUUGCACAGUUGCCAGUUCGCUCUGACGAAGGGCUAACGCUCAAAACGUCAGCUUUGGAACUCUUUACGUUAUCAUUUGAUACUAUCACUUGAUAAUACUGAAUCUCCUUAAUACUGCCUGUUCUACGAGCUUUAAUUUUGUUGCAAUUUUGCUCCCCACAUGACGAAAAUGAUAAACUACGACCAAUUCCUAGUCGAGAACGCUGACCGAGUCGAAGUAGUACUACACAGACUGUCUACAAACUUGGCUUUUUUUUUAAAGAGGAGGGUUUAGAGCCAGUGAUACGACAAAUGUACUGGAAUGUAAAUGUUGUGGCCUUUUUCUCCUUUUUAAGAUUCCGAUCAGUUUAUGAACCUCUACAUUACUUACUAACAAGAGAGUCUGACGUGAAAACGAUGAGAUUCAUAUCCACUGAUCGUCAUCUGCUGGAGUAUGGCAGAGAGUUACAAAAGGUUUACGACCUUACAAAUAUGGCCGCCUCUAUGGACCUUUUUAUUCCCAUGGAAUUAUUUGUGCUUGACUGUGCCAAGAUCAAAGAGGUAAGACAUGUAAAAUUUGGCUGCAGUCACCAAAGGCAAUGGGCAGGUGUUUAUGCCCCCCCCCCUCCUGAAAGCGAAGCCCCUUUUUUCUAAUCUGUUUGUAAUUGUUUCUCUGAAAUGUUAGAUGUUGCUUAAUAAAUUAGAUUGUUAUACUUUAGACUUACUAUGAAAAAAAUAAUUGGUCGGGAGCAUUCAAUCAAAAUACAACAGCGUGUAACGUUGACGUGAUAAUGCAAUAUCUGCAGCGGAUAUUGCAUUUAAUGUGCCUAGUUACCGAGCCCCUUUGUCGGUGUAGUGUUCUCAAACUUUAAUGAAAAAAAAUAAUUGAUUCGGUUUUCACAUGUAUCAUGAAUUAUCGAACUUCGUGUCUGUGUUAACUCAGACCUCGGUUUUGAUAAAUCAAUACAUUAUGCUCAACCUCAUACAAUGAUUAGUUACUAGUGUCCGAUAAGGUGGUUAAGUUAGUAAAAAAGUCUGCUGAAACAAAACAAAUUAUUUUCGAGUAACAGCUGUCAUCCAUUAUUUUGAUUAGAGAUUUUAGGGGUUUGGGGAUAAGCUUCAGAGGUUAUCAUGUUUAGUUGUAGUCUAAUUACAGCCGGCUGUAGCUCUUGUUUUUUUUUUGUUUGUCAAUGAACCAUCCGCGACGUUUGGAGCUGUACCCAACAAUAUUUAACUGUUAUACACUCUUUGCAACUCAAUUUAGCUUUCUUUUUACUGUUAUUGAUAGUUCCUUGUGUUACGUGCCAAUGAUCUGGUGGGCUUAAUGACGUCGAAGUUGGUCAGGAAGAGUUUUGAUUUCAAUCGGUCCAUUUGUCAUCAGUAUGAUUAUAUCGUUAAUCGUAUAACGUCAUCCUCAAAGACCACUGAUGAGCUUGUGGAUUUGGAGAAGUACAUUGACAACCUGAGGAGUGGACCUUUAGUUCAUUUGAAGGUAGGAUUGGUGAAUUUGCACCACUGUGUUACACCUGCCAACUUUUCAUCACUCAAAUGGGUUUGAUUUUCGUCUUCACAUCCUCUGAAUCUCCCAACAAAUCCGAGGACUUCCGAACAUUACCAAAUAUGUUUCCGAUUAAUCUCGAGCGCUCUGAAUGUGGCGGUGUAAAGCGCAAAAUCUUUGAUCCAAAGGUUUGUGAUACAAUGAAAGACACCUUCUAUGACUGUAUCAAAGGAAGACGGACUUCGCUCACGAUUUCCAUCGGCUACAAGAUUUUCCUGGUUCGGAGUGAGAAAUUGCCUCUUGGGUCGGCUGCGGUUUUCUGGUUUCUGAUAGUCCCCCAACCUCCCUCCCCCCCCUACACUCCACAACGAUCAAGCUUGUUGCUGCCUUAGUUGAGGGGGAGGGGGGUAUUACUGAAUGUAGAGAUGAGUUUAAGUUUAGUAUUGUAAGCUGAGUGUAUGGCACUGCUGUUAUUUUUCCAAAUCAGGUGGAACUUGAGGAAGCAGCAGAUCUUGUUCUGUUUUUGAUGGAUCACACGUUCCUUGCUGAUGAUCAUUUGGCUCUCAAUGAAACCACAUUUACGUGGCCUGACCGGAUUUUUCCUAUUAUAAAGAUGAGGUAAGUGUGAAACUUAAAUUUUACCAUAGCUGUUCGGCGCAAACCAGUGAAUUUGAAUUCCAGAUUUUUGGUAUAUUUCGCAAUGGAAAUUGACUUGAGCGCGACUUUCAAUUAUCUAUAAUUUAUUUACUUGCAUUCUUAGCCUAACCCCUCGAACUCGCCUGAUCUUAUUGUCAUUUCUCCCUUCUAUUGUAAAUUAGUCACAAGAACUUGAUGUUUUAUCAAGUUAAAAACUUUUACCUGAUACGUUUGAAUAUUUUCUCUACCUUUUUGUUGGAUAAUGUAUGGAUAUUUCAGGGAGAAGUUACAUGUCAGUCACUUUUGGGGGUUAAAUGUUGAAUUGAUGAAAGGUUGCUCUUUGGAGACACCUUGUAUUAUUUUGUCUUUGUGUCUGAUUUUUUUUUUUUUUACGUACUCCUCAGUGAAAACCGUGUUACAAAAGAACACGACACGGCCAUGAACAAACUGUUUGAUUGGCUGGCGAGAUUUGAGCUGCAGUUGAACGAGACUCUUCAAAGUGUCAAAGAAUUCCACUCUAAAGACAGGAUAUCUGAAGCAAAGACAUACGUGGUUCAGUUGGACGAACUUAAAGAUAAAGUACAAGAGUUUCUUGACGAGGUAUGGUAGCUUCAAACAAUCUAAAAAGUCAACCCAUUAUUGCAAGGGUGCGUUCAGUGCGCUCUUGGUAACUGCGUACACCAGUUAUCGUGUCACGGUGGUUCAACAGUCUUUUUGAGAGCUAAAACUACCAUAAUCAAGUAAUCUUUUACAACGUCAUCUUUGACUGAUGGUAUUUUAUAUCUUAAUGUAUACUGAGUUUACCUGAGUUUCUUACAGUGGCUAUUUUGGAAAAGUCGUUAGUGCCGUGACGAAAGUAAAAAACAAAUUUUAAAGGCAUAAACAGCGCCAGUUUUUUGCGAAACGACCAUCGCCUAGUACAAGAAUUUUCUUUCAAACUUGGCAUGGUUUACUGUAGGAGAAUUAAAAAAAACCUAUUUUUCUCGUUAACUGUAUCUCAAAAACUUACAAUUUGGUAAUACUUGGCUGUAAUUAACCCAACUUGUUAUCAUUUGACUGAAAAAUCAUCAAAACGGCUGACCAAGACCAAGGAGGAUCUGUCGAGGAGCUGAUGACCUCGUGAAACGACGGAAAGCGCGAGUAACCGAUUUGCCUUUAGAUCUUAGUUUGCGUGUGAUUGGUUGACAAAUCACGGAGCGAAGUAAAGCAAAUCCAAUGCAAUCCUCGAUUAUAACGGGAUACGAAGGAGACUCAAAGGAAAAUUAUUUUAUAUUGAGCGAUUUUUAUGUAAGAUAACAGUAAAGAGAUGAGUGAUUUAACUGUUGGUUUAAAGUCGGAGUCUCCCAUUUAUUAUACAUGGCCUCUUUUAUCUUUAUUUGAAAAGUUUAGGUGGCAGAAUCUUAAAUUAUGAAAGGUUUUGCAGAGCAUCAGUAACUUUAGCUGCGCUGGCCAACAAAACGAAGCUUAUAAAAAUGUGUACGUAUUUUGUCAUAGUUGAGAGAAUCAGUCUAUUUAUCUGCAAGAUUCAUUCUCGUAGAAAUAUAUCUAUGAAUAAUCUCAUUAAUAACCUAAAUGGGAAAUCAAUGUUUGCAUUUUUUAAUGAUAACGGAGCCGGGGGGGAGGAGGGGGUUAGUCACCGCCUAAGUAUGAACUAACAGUCAGCUAAAGGCUUGAAUGUGUAUUUGUAUUUGUUAAUGUUUCAGAGAAAGAAAAUCAACAAGGAGGAGGAUUUACUCGGUUGUGAGGUGUACAGUGGAUUUCCUCAGAUCCAAGAGAUAAUUGACGCUAAGGAGCCAUUUGACAAGUUAUGGCGCGCACUGGUGACAUUCCAGGACAAGCAAGAAAUGUGGCUGGCUGGGCCUAUUUUGACACUGAAUGCAGAGGAAAUUGAAGAACAGGUGUUGCAUUUUACAGUUGAUUGUUUAAAAAGUUGGAAAUUGAUUUUUUAUCUUCUGAUUUUGUAGAUUUUCCAAGUUUUGCAAACUUGUCAUCUCUACCGCCAAUAGUCGAGCAAAUGUAUCACAUUUGAUAAGCGGAUGUCAGUUGAAUCACGCAAUAUUCGGAACAUUUUUAAUCACUUGACAUCACUGUCAUUGCUAGAUUUGGAACAUGCACUCUACUAAAUCCAACGUUAUAUUGUAUAAUUUUUCUCAGGUCUCUGAGCUUUGGAGAACAAGUUACAAGCUGACGAAAGAGUUCGCGCACCCAGAGUUUCGUGGUCCACUCAGAGUGGCUUCUACAGUAAAAGCGCGACUAGAGAACUUUAAAGUUAACAUGCCUUUGAUCAACGCUUUGUGUACUCCUGGCAUUAAGGAUAGACACUGGGAAGCCAUGAGUGUUAAGGUACGUUGGAUAAAAAAGUCUCAAUUGUACACCUCAGGUGCGCAAAUAUUAGUCUGCCCACAUUAUCUAUUCAAAGCAACGAAAUGCUUUGCAAGAGUGAAGCUUGACGAAAAUAAAAGGUAAACUUUAUGCAACAUCCUUCAAAGAAUUUUUUCGUACGUGUGACGAAAUGUUUGAUAGUAUUGCUACUUAUUUUGGAAACAUUUUUACUGCGUUGGUUUUAAUUUUUACUGAUUCUUGUACGGCUUCACCGACAAUCAAGGUUAACUCACCUCUGCGGAGACAACGCAAAACGCUCCUCUUAUUUUAACGAAUUUUGUAUCACAUGGUAAUAUUAUCCCGCGGAUUCCGUAUACCUUCUGUUUGUGCUUUAUAACCGUGAGAGUAACUUUUAUUUACAUUUAUGCUUUUCAAAAUAGAUUGGCUUUAAUAUUUCUCCGAAAGAAGACACUACUCUGAACGAGAUGUUAGUGCUCGGUCUGGAUAAGUUUGUUGAAGAACUUACUGAGAUCAGUGGAAAAGCAGCCAAAGAAUUCUCUUUGGAGAAGGUAUGUACACUCCACAUGUAGGAUCAAUUAGUGCAGUCUAGCUACGUUUAAUCGUCUAGUCAUUCAUGUAACAUCAAGUGUUGGGUACUGACAGGGAGUUCGGUACAACUUUUGAUAAAUCUUGAUGCAGUCUUUAUGCCUCAAUGUAACGUUGAGUAUUAUUUACUCACAAUGGGUAUUUCUACUCUUGCGUUAUAAUGUUAAUCUAUUUUUCUGUUAUUCGGUUGCUUUGCAUACUUCUGAAACACUGCCCCUAAACUUCAACAUACACAAAAAUAAAAAUUAACUUGCAUCGUAAUCUUAAUAGUUUAGGAGAGGUACACAUCAACGCCACUGUCCUUGUUUCAUACAAUUCAGCCUUAAAAGUUGGGUCUUGAGAUGAAAGUAACAAAACACCUGAAAUCCUCAGAUAUAUUCCCAUCUUGAUUAUAAACUGCUUCCUCCCAUCUGGCAUAUUAGCCAGACUGAAAGAAAACCAAAAAAUGUUUCAGUUUUUAGGUUCCAUAGAUAUACGUUUUCCAUCAUCCCCAACGUUUAUGAAUUUACACGAAACACCUUUCGAACUCGAAAAUCAUGCAGUUAAUUUUAUUGUAACUGUCUCUUUUCCCUAUCAGGCACUGAGCAGAAUGAAAGAAGAUUGGAAGGACAUCGAGUUUGUGUUUGUUCAAUACAAAGACACAGGAAUUAGUAUUUUGUCAGCUGUGGAUGAUCUGCAGGUCAGUGAUUAGAGUUUGUGGUCAAUUGUUGUGUAAGCAUUGAAGGGGCUUGUCAACAAAGAUGAUAAGUGACUGAAUUUUAAAAGUACUGUACGGUUAAAACCUUUAUUUCAGCUUCACAAACACACAGGACGGAUUGGUCAUUUUACAUGAGAUCUGGACGUUAUAUCGAAACGAGAUGAGAGAUAUCGUUCUAAUAGAUAGCAACAUUACUGAGACGACGUGUCUGGUAAAAACGGAAUUUUGCUGGUUUUUGUUUUCAGGUUUUACUUGAUGAUCACAUUGUGAAAACAUUGACAAUGAAGGGAUCUCCUUUCGUUGUUCCUUUUGAAGCAGAAUUAAGAGAAUGGGAAACCAAACUGGUAAGUUCCCUAUUUUGAUUUUCAUUAUUUCCUAUAACUUUUUAGGUCACACUUUUUUGUGGUGAGUGUGUGAUAUCUAUUAUCAAAGACAUAGGGUUGGUAUCUAAAUGAAUUCUAACUUGGGAGGGGGGGUGUGUUUAGACAAACAGACUUGUAUUGUCAAGAACCUUUUCUCAAUUAGAUGCUUUCUCAGAUACCUCAGUGCUUUAUGUAGUCGUGUUUGUUGUCAACCAUGCUUGAGAAGCCUUUUUGUGUUAUAGAAUCUAAUGCAAGAUAUUGUGGAGUCGUGGCUGAAGGUUUGUUUUGUAUUUUCUAUCUUUUUGGCAGUGGUGUAGGUAAUGUUUAAUUGAAAUAGGUUCCUCAGGGGAACAUGUGUCCUCUUGUGAAUACGUGGCGUACACGACUGGUCUAUGACAUGGUCUUGUAAAUUUAAAUAUUGUGAUACAAGGCAGCGAGUAUGAAAUACACAUUCGAAGUAGGUCAACAUUGGAUGUAUAUGACUUAUCUUUACUCUAGUUGUCACUUGUAUCGCAGGUGCAAGCUUCAUGGCUGUAUUUAGAGCCCAUAUUUUGUUCUGAGGACAUUCAAGCUCAGAUGCCAGAGGAAGGAGAAAAAUUCCGCACUGUUGAUAAGUACUGGUAGGUUUCAGCUUUAUAUUGUUACUUAAGAAUUAAAACGAAAUUUCACUAUUUCUGGGAAUAUUGAUCCAUGCUGCACAGAGUGCUGUAUUUCUCAGACAUCUUUUUUGCUUCCAUCCACCCUUUCAGAGGAUAAUUGCAUUAACCCUUUAUACUCCAACAUUCAGUAUGCAUUUUCUCCUUAUACUAUAUUUUAUGCGUUUUCUAAGGUAGCAACAAGAAAAAAAAAACCAAGAGCAUUUCCUUUAUUCCCGUGACCUUAAUGUUUGAUUCAGGGGUGAUAUUGUAAGGAGAAAUUAGAUGCUAGUCACUCCUGGAGGUUAAAGGGGUUGAUUUCGAGGCUUCACGCCAUGUAGUAAAUUUUUUCAUUUAUAAACUAAUCUCAGUGGUUGCUCCUGAAAUGCUCUGAAAACCAAGAGAAAUAUACGAAAACUCUCUGUCCAAGAUUUCUCCAUCGUUCCCUCUUUAAACAUACACAUGUUGCUAUUAUGAAAGGUACCAGACAGCCAUGCUUUCACUAACGCUCUUACAUAAUAAAUUUAGUUUUCAUCCGGCUCCACUGUCUUCCUUCCCCCACACGUUUUCGAGUUUGUACAACAAGUAUAUUCUUCACUAAUUUGAUGAGCCUCACUGACGUUUUGAAUCACACAGGAGGAAGAUAAUGACUGAAUCAGUCAAAGAUCCUCGUGCCUUAGUAGUAACGCGACAGCCCCAAAUGUUGGACAAACUUCAGCUCUCGGAGGUAACAACGGCGUCCUUCCGUUCCUAUUCCUUAUAGUAAUUUAGGUGCUGGUGGCUAGGAGAUGUAGAAAUGGGUGUGAUGUGAUUUUGGUCUUUGUUUUUCUCACUUGUUUUUGUAGAGCCUUCUUGAAGACAUACAAAAAGGACUGAACGAGUAUUUGGAAAAGAAACGCUUGUUUUUUCCAAGGUAUGAUUUACUACAUAAAUCAGUUUUUUUUACUAUUGUGUACUUUUACGCCUUUUGUUUUCUCGUUUUUAGUUUCGCGAACAGAUCUCCGAAUGCUCCAAAUUAAGUUUUUCCCGCAAUUAACGCUGAUAUGAGGUGUUUGAUGGGUGUGUCUUUUCUACUGAAACGAAUGACUAAAUUUGAACCACUGACAAUGGAUGUAUAUGCAGUAAACAUAAACACAAUUAAGUUUAAGUCUUGCAUUCUGAGAGGCCUAUUUCUUUACAGCAAUACCUCAAUCUUUGAAAGCAAGCCUCAGUUAGGGUUAUAAGUGAUCCUUGAGCAGAUUCGUAGUGAUCUUAGAUCGGUUCUCCGGUACCCACUUGUAUUCCUGCGGGGAGAGAAACUCUGUGACAGUGAAGUGUCCUGAAAAAAUAUAACAGAGUUAUUCAGAGUUCAGCGCGCUUAACACCAGGCGACCGCGCUCGCCUGGAGUCUUAGUGAGGCUAAUUGAAGCUAUGCUAUUUAUGUUACAGAUUUUUCUUCCUUUCAAAUGACGAGCUACUAGAAAUUUUAUCCGAAACGAAAGAUCCUCUGCGUGUUCAGCCACAUUUAAAGAAGUGUUUUGAAGGUAUUGCAAAGUUGGAAUUUAACGAGAGGAAAGAGAUUAAUGCUAUGAUAUCAGCCGAAGGAGAGACUGUGAGGUUCUCUAAGAAGGUGGUGCCUGCGCAUGCCCGUGGUCUGGUCGAAAAAUGGUUGUUACAGGUAUGGAAGCUUCUGUCAACCUAAGACUGCGUACAUAUUUUGAGUUCCAAUGUAACUUAUCCUUGAAAAGCUAAAUAAAGAAACCAAUCUAAGGAUGCUUGGAUGGUAGUGUUGAACUAAAAUCAUUCACUGAUGUUGUGUCUGCAUAGAUCGAACAAACGAUGAAACUGAGCCUGCAAGAGGUGAUGUCCGAAGCGGUUACCGCCUAUCCACAAAACCCUAGGACAGAGUGGGUUUUAUCUUGGCCAGGACAAGUGGUGCUGGCCUCCAGCAUCAUAUACUGGACCAAGGAAGUCACUCAGGUAAAAUAUCAAAGGCGGAUGUAUCGUUAACCAAUAAGGAACCCUUUUGUGUGACUAAACAAGAAGAAGAAAGAGGGAAAUAAGAAAAAGAAGAAGAUAAAUGAAAAAAGCAGCCUUUAGCGUUUAUUUGGCGUCCUCCUGUUUUACUGACUCCCUAAACUUCCUAAUUUACCGAAGUGACUUACAAGUUACAAUUUCAGUUUGCCAUUCAGCAAACAGGUAAUGAAAAUCGACAAAUAUAAGGGUAGACGGAGUUAGCUAGAUGGAACAGAUAAUUCUCGUAAUUGAUGCACAAGGAAACAUAUACUAGCUAGAAGGGAGAAACUUUCCAAUCAUAAAGAAUGCUUUUAAACUUAAAGUAUAAUUUAUUGCUGAAUGAUUUGUCAAUGCAGUGAGAAUCACAAGUGCACCAACGGAACCGUGUUUCCUGCCUCAGAAUUUUAUCAAAAUCGACAGAUAAUAAGUGGCCCCUCAUGAGUGGUCCCAAACCUUCUCUGACGAGAAGGGAAAAUACUUGUAGGUAAUGCUUUAGCUGUGUUGUUUUGAUUUUACAGGCGAUGAUACAGAAAGAUGGCCUAGAAGAUUAUUAUAAACAAAGCACUCAACAGAUUGAAGACAUCGUCGGACUUGUUCGAGGAAAGUUGUCCACCAUGUCCCGGAUCACUUUAGGGGCUCUCAUUGUGAUUGACGUGCAUGGUUAGUUAUAUUUUUGAACAUGGACUGUAAAUUGUAUCCAAACGUUCCAAAUCCUGGAAGUGAAAAGUGAAAGAUGCAGAUGUGUAGGUUGAUUGGCUGUUUCACCAAUUUCUUUUUCAUGUGGUAUGAUCAAUUGAAAGUGUUGAUAAAAGAAGAAGAAAAUUAUCUUUGUUGAUUAAAUUUGCUUCACAAUAUUUUGCCCGGUCUAUUUAGCCAAAGAUCAUGAGGUGGUAUCAUGAAUCAAACGUUCAAAGCAAGGUUGGAAAUCUACCAAAGGUUUCGAAUGGUACUUUACAGGAUUUGCUCGAUUGACAACAAGAAAGUGACUAAUAACAGCAAACGUUGGUAACUUCGCCUCCUAAUUUUGCCCAGAAAACUUGCACCACCUUCUUCAUUCAAUCAGAUGAAAAACUAGGGUAACCGUGACAUGGUGUCUUGCCCUUUUUCUACAGUAGUUUGUCGCCGAUUUCAUAUGUUUUCUUUGCCUCUCAUUGUUUCUUGUGAUACCUUCCUUUAGUCCUGAUAAGCCAAUGUGACUGCUGUAGUUUUGGCUUAACGACCCAUCACUACUUUUGUCGAUUAUGUUUUACUUGUCGCUUCUUCUCGUCAGCACGUGACGUGGUAGCUAAGCUAAAGAAGGAAGGCGUGACAAACCCUAACGACUUUCAGUGGAUCAGUCAGUUACGUUACUACUGGGAAACAAAGGCUGUCAUUGUAAGGAUGAUUACCACAGCGGUCAAAUAUGGUUAUGAGUACCUUGGCAACAGCGGAAGACUAGUCAUCACUCCUUUAACAGACAGAUGUUAUAGGUACGUGUAAUUGGGUUUAAAUCGCCUGAGUCUAAGGCGUAGACUAGUCUCACUAGUUUGGAUCAGCUGAUUCCAUUUACAAUAACUGAAUUAAGAUUUUUCCUUCAAAUUCGUAGGACUUUGAUGGGUGCUCUCUUGUUGAACCUAGGAGGGGCCCCUGAGGGACCUGCUGGUACAGGGAAGACAGAGACUUGUAAAGAUUUGGCGAAAGCUGUUGCAAAGCAGGUAUUGAUAAAGUUGCAGAUUUAAAUCUUUCUACGGUUUGUAGAAUUUACUGUUUGGUUACUAUUUUUCUAGGUUUGUAAUUCAACAUUUAUAAAGUUACUCAUUUAUUUUGUUCUUUUGAUUUACUUCUAGUGUGUUGUUUUCAACUGCUCAGAUGGACUGGACUACAAAGCCAUGGGAAAGUUCUUCAAAGGUCUCGCCCAGGCAGGGGCCUGGGCCUGUUUCGACGAAUUUAAUAGGAUUGAACUGGAAGUGAGUCAGUCGUAAAGUUAUGAUUAAAACUGUGUUCGAUAUCUGCAAACCCUUAAAAUAACCUUAUUAAAGCCAGAUAGGUGAUUUGAUCACCUAUAAUUUCCGUCGGUUUUGUUUAGAAUUUAGACAGUUCUACUGGAACUCACGCAAAUGUCAGUACAGUCAAGAAAUGGAUUUAAAAAAUGUGACCUGCUCUUGAUGAUUUUGUGCAGGUAUUGUCUGUUGUAGCGCAACAGAUCUUGACAAUACAAAGGGCCGUUAUGGAACAAGUCGACAAGUUUGUGUUUGAGGGAACAGAAAUUUCUCUGGAUCCGUCAUGUACCAUAUUCAUAACCAUGAAUCCUGGUUACGCUGGCCGUGCAGAGCUCCCUGAUAAUCUGAAGGUAAAUAGGGUGAUGCUUUGAUAAGUUUCAGUGUUAUUAGAAUUAAAGAAAGUUGGAUGCAACCGCUUUGUUGUUUUUGUUUCUAUUCAAACUGUAGGCUUUUGGUAGUUUGCAGUAGUUAAAACGGCGCCUAUUAAUCCUUUUAACUUAACAUCAAUAUUCUCCACUCUUUUAUCUGUACAUUUCCUGAGGUGCUGACAAGGAGAAUUUGUUUAACAAUCAAGAGCUUCUUUUGUCAGUGGUCAUUUCCUUUACUCCUGUGACAUGUGUGAUACAGGGGUGAUAUUGUAAGGAGAAAUCAGAUGCUAGUCACCCGGAGGGGUCAGAGGGUUAACUGUCACUUGAUAUAGGCUGUGACGGGAUUCGAACCCAGGACUCUCAGAUACUGGUUGGACGCCAACCCAAACUGAGCCACGAAGCCCCAUGUUCUGAGUAGGGCACAUUUUAUUUCAUCAAAAAUUAGAAAAUAAUAUCACUGGUGAUUGUUAUUGCAGGUUCUUUUCCGUACAGUCGCCAUGAUGGUUCCUGAUUAUGCCCUAAUCAGUGAGAUCAGUUUAUAUUCUAUGGGUUUUGUUAAUGCGCGGAGUCUGUCGGCAAAGAUUGUGGCUGUGUACAGGCUCUGUUCUGAGCAGGUAACACUAACUCUCAUGAUUAGGCUAUGAUAGUAAGCGCAACAAAUGUUUCUUUGAAGCCAACAUUAACUACUUGUCGCUUGUCUUACUUCGUCUCUGUUUGUCAAUGAAAUGGAAUUACGUGAUAGAGCUGUUUUUUCUCAAGUCUUAAUCAGACAAACAACAUGAUUUUAGAAUAACCAGUGACUUAACUGCUGGAAAAUACCUCCUCAGCAUUUCACGUUUUCAUCGCAGUUGGCCUUAUCCUGGGUGGAGAGAGGUCAUGUGAGCGUUAAAUAUCUUGCCUAAAAACACAACGUAAUGGCCCGGCCAUGACUAGAAAUCGAGGCAAAUUAGAUGCCGGUCACUCUUGAGAUUUGAAGGGUUAGUUGAAGAGAGAAAAGGAUGUCAUAAUUUUUCAGGUUUUCGACUUUUCAUGCAAUUGAAUAUUUUUCUCUGACAGCUCUCGUCCCAGCAUCAUUAUGAUUAUGGUAUGCGGGCGGUCAAGUCGGUUCUCACUGCGGCAGGAAAUUUAAAACUGAAGUAUUCUGAACAAGACGAGGAUAUUUUGUUGUUGAGGUCCAUUAUGGACGUCAACUUGCCAAAGGUUUGUUGAAAUAUGUAAAAGAAAUUUUGAGUAGUUUUGAAAUGAACUGUCGGUGAUUCGAAAGCUUUGAAAUGGAGCUAAAAGUGUCCUUAGGGAACGAAGAACCAAAGUCCUCAAAGAAAAAAUGACGGUAAGAUUUGGCUACUGCCUCACGCCUGUUACUUUAUGUUCGUCCUAACUGAGAAUGGUUAUAGUGAAAAGAUCUCUCUUCUUGUCUUUAAUUGCACGCUUUUUUUUUUGCAGUUUUUAUCGCAAGACUUGCCUUUGUUUGAAGGCAUUGUGUCAGACUUGUUCCCAGGCAUCACUCUGCCAUCUCCUGACCACGGUGUCCUGGAAGAGGCACUCAGACGGAACAGCGUGAAGAUGGGACUGCAGGCGGUACCAUGGUUUGUUGAAAAAGUUGUGCAGGUGUGUUCACAAUUUAAGGGAUAAAAAGGAGAUUUUCUUCGAAGCCCUACCAACGCAUCAACGAAUCCAGAGUUUUCUUUGUUUGCGUUAUGGUUGAAAUUGACCUUGAAAUUAGUGAAUGGUUUUCUGCUUUAAUUUAGGUUUAAGUGUUUGAAGCAGAAAGAGAGAGAGCUCCAAGAUGGUUAAUUCUUGUUAUUCAAAUGUUUCAGCCGUCUUUAAGGGAAUGUUAUUAACAACAACAACAACAACAACAAAAAAUGUUUUACUACUCGCAAAAAUAGGUAUUACAAUAAUAAGAUGACUAGUUAUAAUCUACCGGCAAUUUUUUAGAACAUAGUUUACUGGAGCCCAGAGGCUGAGGAAUCGUAAAAUUUUUAAGUUGGCCCCUUAUCAUUCUUACCUAGAGACUGGCUUGAAAGCCUCUCUUGGGAAUAUUCAUGUUAUUUUGCUCAAUACGAUUAUUGGAGUCCACAUUUCCUUUGAAAGGUGUACGAGAUGAUGUUGGUACGCCACGGCUUUAUGAUCGUGGGCGAUCCCAUUGGUGGAAAGACAUCAGCGUGGAAGGUUCUAUCUGCAGCCCUGACUGAGCUUGGUAAAGAUGAAGACUCGGAUGAAGUUGGGGUAUGUCAGUUCCGUUACCUAUUUUUUUCUCUGCAAGUCUUUGGUUAUCCUUGUAGUAUCGAUUGGUGCGUGUCUUUUUUAGUUACCACGUUUUCCUGACUGCGUUAAGUGGAGGUCUGUUUUAACCCUUUUGCUCCGAAGAUCUCAUUGAUAAUUCUUAUUACUGCCUCCUAAACAGUCCGGAUCAAUAUUAGUAUCUGGGCCAGAUACUGAUAUUGAUCCAACAAUUCUAAUGAUGUUUAUUUGGAUAAUUUGAUAUUGUAUCGACUAAUUAUCCCCUAAUUGGUGUGUUUCUAAAUUCUCGUCAGUUGUCUGCUUGAUAUUGUACUGAUGUUGUAAGGAGAAAUUAUUUCUUUGUCACUCAUGGGAGUUAAAGGGACAAUGUUUUGUCCUCGGCCAAAGUAAUUCACUUUGACAAUGCUUCGCUCUGUCUACGUAGAUAACGGUUUUGACGAUUGGGCGAAUUACAGUUGAUGAUACAAAUGUGAAUCAAGAGAGAUUUAACACUUAAAGACCAAAUAACAGAUACAAGGAGGGAGAAAUGUACUGUGAAAAAUACGAGGUAAUCACGUGAUGUUCCACGUGAUAUUCACGUGAUGACUAUGUCACGUGCCACCUCGUUGUUUCGUUUCCUAGUAUUCCAGUUAACUCAUUACUGACAAACACAGGGUAUUAACAAACUCACUGAAAGUAUUCAAACGUGGACAAUAGAAAACCAUAAUCUCUUGCAGGUUCAGUACACGAUCAUUAACCCCAAGGCUGUCACCAUGGGCCAGUUGUAUGGAAGAUUUGAUCCUGUGUCACACGAGUGGUCAGACGGUAAGUGCUGUAUUUCACGAACAGACCUCAGGAAAGAUUACUUUUGAUUAAUCGAAUACAAUAUUUUCAUUACGACUCCCAUAUAGGGAUCUUCUGGCCCAAUUACAACAAUGAUUAAAAAGAUUAUUGAGUGAAAAAUAAUUGACUCUACAUUAAAUAUGGAAAAACUACCAUAAACAUAAUGUCCACUUCUAUGGAUAACAUUCUAGAUGAUGAUUCCUCAACGUGUGUCAAAAAGUUGCCAAGACUUCGCAUUUCUGGUGGCAAGGAGUUCCACACUAAUGUGCCUCUAUACGAUAAAUAUAUUUUUGCCAAAAUUAUAUUUAUAUAUUUCUAUUUCUAUGGUUUAUAUGCUUUAUUUAUUUUCAGGAGUACUUGCCAAUACGUUCCGUGAGCACGCAAGCUCAGUCAGCGAGGAGCGUAAAUGGAUCAUAUUUGAUGGGCCAGUUGAUGCAGUAUGGAUUGAAAACAUGAAUACGGUGCUUGACGAUAACAAAAAGGUGCAUUUAUAUCGAUAACUUAUUUUUUUUUAAAUUGUUUACAAUUUUUAAAAAAUUAGUGAUCAGCACUCUGCGUUCCGUCUAACUGUCGUAGACUUCUUCAAGGAGUUUUAGCUAAAACCGUGGCCUCCAAAUAUUUUUCUAACCUAGCCUGCAGAAUUUUCAAACAUUUACACAACUUCGCCUGUUCCUGUUUGUAUGUCCUGCCAAGCCUAUGGUCAUUGGCCCCCGUAACUAUGGCAUUUAAAAAUUAAAUUGAUUUUUGUCAUUUUCUUUGCAGUUGUGCUUAAUGAGUGGAGAGAUAAUUCAAAUGAGCUCUCUACAGAACAUGAUAUUUGAACCUCAAGACCUGGAGCAGGCUUCGCCAGCGACGGUAAGCAGGUGAGACACCAUUUUUUUUCACGAGCCACCUCGUGAAAUUUCCAUUGCUAAAUUCCCAAUGUUUUUGUUAUUUUUAUUAUUGUUAUUUUUAUUUACCGCCUAGAGAAUUUUUUACUUGCUUUCAGAUGUGGUAUGAUUUACAUGGAGCCAGGUCAGUUGGGCUGGGAGCCACUUGUCGCUUCGUGGAUGGAGAAAGAUUAUCCUGCAAACCUUAGCUCUGCUAGCAAAAAUUCUGUACAGGUCGGGGUUACCUUUUUGUAAUGAAGCAGCAAAAAUUUGAUUAUCCUCAGUUUUGCUUGAGGGUUUGAAGGAUUUCACAAAGCAUGACGGCAUCUAUAGUCUCUAAUCAUGUCUUGUUUCCCUCUCAGAUGAUGUUUGACUGGUUGAUUGCCCCGUGCGUGGAUUUCGUCAUUAGACAGUGUCGUGAACUGGUGCGCACGUCACCAAUGCGCAUGGUCAAGUCCAUGUUAACCAUGUACUCCAUUCUGUUGGAUGAGCUGAGGUAAAACGGCAAAAUGGCUCUCGACUAAAAUUAAGGGCAAGGCAUUACUGGAACGCUGGCUAUCACUAAGUUAUUGUUAUUUUUUUUAUGAAGAACAUAUCAAGGGAGGUAAACUGCAUCCAAGCAGUUACCGAAAGCUCGUCCCGUGAAAAUAAACUCAGGCUUCGUCGGGGUUUACCCGUUUUAUCUGAGAUGUUGUUGGUUGAUCACAGACUUAUCUAAUGUAUGUUUUUGCAACCAGAGAGCCACCCCAAGAGGAAAAGAAAAAGACCGUUAUGGAUGAAGAGGAGUUUGAGGGAUUCAUGGACGAGAAACCAGCCAAGACCGAGGCGGAAAUUUUGCAAUGGCUCCAGUCUCUCUUUCUGUUCGCUUUAUGUUGGUCAAUUGGCGGAAAUUUAGACACUGACUCCAGGCUGAAGUUCAGUGAUUUCCUGAAAGUCUUGGCAGCUGGAACCAACAAACAACACCAAAGGUUUGAAUUAGUUUUUCUUGUGUUGAGAUAAAUUAUCUUUCAUUGCGGGGAGGAACUGGUCAUGUUCCAAGCAUUUAGCAGCUUACUUCAUGCAAACGCUUGUGUUCUUGAAAAGGACAUAUGCCUAUCUCAGAUUUGACGUCUCCAUUCUGCUAACAUUAAUUGAAAAGCGAUGCGAACGUUUUGGAGAUAAGGAUUGAAAAUGGCUCAAUAGCACUAAGCAACUGUGUGGUUUUCCACUUAGUUACGUAGGCAAAAAACGACAUGGCAACCAAAACAUGACAAGAACUUAGAAUUAAUGUUUUCCAACAAUCUCUGUCGGAUGCUAUCGGAGGCAUUCAUUUAAAACUUUCUUUUAUCUUUUUAGACCCAAAGAUUUAAAGCUUCCCAAGAAUUACCAGUUUCCUGGAAAGGGAGUUAUUUACGACUUCUUUUUCGAUAAGUCGACCUUUGGUACGUGGCAUCCGUGGGAGAAGAAUGUGUUCAUCGAGGAAAUUCCUCCGAACGCUAAGGUGAGUUGAGGGUAGGAUAUGGCUUAAAAUAUGGAUCAUCCCUCAGACAACCUAUACUUCUUUUGAGCUAGUCAAAUAAGAGGUCACUGGUGAAUGUCGAACGUAUGUGAAGACAUGUAACACGAAAGUUGGAGUCGUUCAUUCGCGAGGAACGUAGAGUCUCAAUCACCCAAUCGAAACAAAGCAAAUGUUACAACGAAACAAUGAGGUCGCAAGUGAAAACAUGCAAAUUGCUUGGAGCGCGGGAAAACGCGACUGGCCAAGUUGUGAUUGGUUUGUUUGGUUUUCAAUUUGAUUGUCUGAGAAAGUGGCGCGAGUUUUCUGGAUCAAUUGGACUAAUUGCGCUAUGAAGUAAAGCAAAACCACAGCAAUCACGGAUUAUUUUAGAUUCUCAAAACAAAUUGCUCUAUUCUGAAUUAAACUAAAUUAUCUUGUAUACCCUCAUUAUAUGAAAUUACUGUGAGUGUUUUUCUUACCGAAACUUAUCCAGCUAGGUCAUGUGUAUCAAGUUCUGAAUCAAAGAACGGUGCUUGUGAAGUGUUUUUAUUUUGUACUUGUAGCCGAAUGAGCUGAUCAUACCUACUACAGAGACAGUUCGUCAGCGGUAUUUCCUGGAGUUAUUCCUCGAUCACGAGAAACCUCUGCUAUUGGUUGGCCCGACAGGAACAGGAAAAUCAGCUAUAACAAACAACUACAUUCUGCGCAUGCCCCCUGAAAAGUGAGUAUACUUGGUGUGGUCCUAAUCGUUUAUGAGGAAAGGCGAUGUAAAAAUUCGCGGCGACUAGCGCCCAAAGUUAUCGGUAUCCUUUUGUCUCGGUAUAAGGAAUGGCCACCUUUGGAAACUGAGAUUUGUAAGAUUAGCCCCUCCUAAGAGCUGCCCGUAAGUGGAGGAUUCAGUUUAGAAAUUUCUUUUUCGCAUUUGCAUUUGCACUGCGAAUUCAAAUGCUAUAAGUUUGAGUUUGACUUUUUAUUUUUUCAGGUACAUCGCUAACUUCAUGAACUUUUCCGCCCAAACAACUUCCAACCAAACCCAAGACAUGAUUCUCUCAAAAUUAGAUAGGUAAUAUUUAAUUAAUGAGUAACUUUUGCAUGUUGUCCUUCAUGAGCGUGUUGGAGAAUCAAGCGACAUCAUUGGGUGACUCAACAUCUUCGAUGGCCUUGUAAAUCGGCGAAAGCUUAGAAGAUUUGUACGAAAAAAGAAAAAGGAGCCAAGAGUCUUACUUUAGACAAUACUUUAUCAACUCGAGCAAUCUGCUUAAAGGACAGGGGAUUAGUGGGUCCCGAGUUACUUAAAUAAGUAGCUCCUGGCUUGCUAAGCCCUCUGGCGGAAGGUAGCUCUGCAGUGUAACUUAGCCUCCUAAGCCCUCUGGCGGAAGGUAGCCUCGUAGUAUAGCCUGCGAGUGAGCCGUUAUUUUCAGUGUUUCUGCCUGAGCGUUUCUUUGCCGCAUGAAAGUAUGAGACCCUGAGCAAUGCGAGCCGGUGAUAGGUAUGUAAAUGCUAGACCCCCGUAAACUUCUCCUCGACUCAUCUCAAAUCUUCCCACGAACCGAGAACCGCGCGUUCUGCACCGCUAAUAACGAGGGCAAAAAAAUGAGGAGUUGCUCGCGGGUUUUAUAAUAUGAUGGCGAUCCUCUGUCUCUAGAAAGGUUAAAUAAUCGUUGGCCAAUUCCUUUUUUUAGACGAAAGCGAGGUGUAUAUGGCCCGGCUAUUGGUAAGAAGGUUGUGGUCUUUGUAGAUGAUUUAAAUAUGCCUGCUAAGGAGAAGUAUGGUGCCCAGCCUCCCAUCGAAGUUCUGCGACAGUGGAUUGAUCAUGGAUACUGGUUCGACAGGUAAAUUGUUACGGAUUCCCAGAAGUUGAGACUAAAGAAUUGCAUCACAUACCAAAGAAGUCCCUGAAGUCUCAUCUUUUCAAGUUGUAGCGUUAAGCUACUUAAAAUGAGUAUUCAUGCUUCGCUACUUGAUCCAUUUGAGUGUUCAGGGCCACGAUUCUUUUUCUGCAAAUAUAAGCGGCAGCGGGUUUUUCCGCCGAAACAACAAAAUUUUGCUCUGGGGGGGUUUGCCUAAAGAGGAGACAAUGAUAAGAAGCGCUAAAGUGAUAACAGGUGCUACGAACCUCGUAGCCAUAUUACGGUUGCUCAACUUCAGUCACUAAAUUCACACCUGUUACCACAAUGUUUUUGAAUGAGGUUCGACAGACAUUUUCCUGAAAACGGCAAUCUUAUCUGUUUUGGUUGGGGCUUAUCCCCUCGAAACGAAAACGAGCGGUGGGAAUUUUAAAAAUGCCGCCACUUCGCGUUGAUAGAAUUACAUUGGAAAUAUUGUCGUUCCCAUUCCUUUGCACGCUUAAAUUUUUCGCACUCGUUUUGCCGCUGUGUCGCCAUAGGGGCAAUGAAAUCAUUUUUGAACACGAAAAUAUCAAGGAAAUGCUUGCUGUACAAACUAUCGAACCCCUUAAGAACCUAUCGAACCAUAUUUAGAAAAAUUUUCAUAUCGCAAGUGUGGUCCUUAUUUAUCACCUAAGGGGGGAGGGGGGGUUGAUUGACUUGAUCUUCUCCAUAAGGCUCUGUAACAUUCUUAUGAUCUCCCCGUAUUUGCAAUUGGCAGUCCACUUUAUGCCCCCCUUUAUACUCUGCUUUAUCCUCUGUUGGGGACGAUUGAUUCCCCCUCCGUUCCCUCUGAAAACUAUGUGAUCCCCUCAAAAUCCUCAAACCCUCCCCCCCCCCACACCAACCUUCUGGGCCAUGGAUAAUUACUGGUCCUCAAACAAGGUUGAGUAAUCAGUGUUAAUCAGGACCAUUACAAUUUUCUCGAAUGUGAUUAGUGCAUUUGUUGCUUUAUUUUUCACUAAUCAUUCUUGACAGUUGCGAUUGGAUACCUGUAAUCGGACGGUUGAAGCAGCCAAUCAUAUUUAGUCCUUUCAGUCAAAUCCACCAAUCAGAGAAUUGAUCAAAAUAACCAUAGCAACAACCACUUAUCCUAAGGAAAAACUGUGGAAAAAAAUGUCAGUGAAAACGUAUGUUAAGAGAAGAACAUCAGUCGAUAUUGUUCUGUACUUUCUAUUAUUGACAGGAAGGACACAUCAGUACUAAAGCUUGUUGAUCAGUUGCUAGUGUCUGCUAUGGGUCCCCCGGGUGGGGGAAGGAAUGAAAUUACUCCGCGAUUCCUGAGGCAUUUCAAUAUCAUCUCCAUUGACUCGUUCAGCACAGAAACCAUGAGAAAUAUCUUUUCUGUCAUCAUGGAUUGGCAUUUUAACAACAAUGGCUUUGAAAUGCAGAUAAGAAGGUUCUCCAAGGUACAGUUUAAUUGCGUCGAGGUCAGCUGAUCACUAGCUACCUUAUAAGGCCUUCAUUCGUACUGUCCAUUUCAAUGCUAAGAUCGUCACCGUCCCGCAUUGCAUGAUUGGAUUUGUUCGCUCGUUGUAAGGACAUGUUGUCUGUCUGUCUGUUCUUCUCUUUACCUUUCUGUUGAUUGAUUUUAUUUGAUCUUCAUGUCUAUCUAUUUGUCUGUCUGUCUGUCUGUCUGUUUGUCCUUCCUUCCGUACGUGUAAUCGUUAGGUAGAAACUUGUUCAGUUUAUAUUGCCGUGACCUUUAAUCCAACCAUACUUUUAGCAAUAUCCGUGAGAAACGGGGGAGUCAUGAUGAAUCAGGAGUUUCUGGUUCUAUCAGUGUUAUGCCCGUCUCAGCUUUGGAGUUUAACCCUUCAAACCCUGAGAACGACCAGCAUCUAAUUUCUCCUCGCAAUAAUACUGCUAAGUUCUUGUAAGCAUCACAGAAAUGUAUCACAAGCGUAUGGAGAAUAUAGAUACUGAUGUUAGGGUGUUAAGGGUUAAAUGGAUACCGAGCGACUGUUAGGGAAACUAUGAAAAUACUUGGGGAAUGCCAUUCCAUUUCCUUUGUCGCUUACUUCCUCAGUCUGGAAACCAUGGAUAAGCAUAAACAUUCACGGGUUACUAUCUUUUACUGUUUGUACCUUACGAAAAAACCUUCACUGGUCUCGGACAAAUGUAAGUGGUGAUACAGGGCAAACAAAUCGAAUCAGUGAUGAUGGUGCGUCAGUUGUCGUCAUUUACAGCUAUUUUUAUAAUAUUUGUAUUUUUUUGCUUUAUUAGAUUAUAAUCAGUGCCAUUACCGAGGUGUACACCCAGGCCAUUACCAGCUUCCUUCCUACACCAUCUAAGUCACACUAUGUGUUCAAUCUUAGAGAUUUUGCUAGGGUCGUACAGGUAAAUAAUUUUGGUGGUAAUUUUUCUUCCUUCACCCUCGCCAAUAAACUAAAAGGCCUUUAAAGAAGCGAGUGAUCCGUGUGGGUCAUAAAGAGCAAUUUACAAUGCAGUGUUGAAAGUAACUCGGGAUUACUUUGGUUUCGCUUUACCUCGCUCUGUGAUUGGUUCGGAAAACUCGCGCUACUUUUUCAACCAAUCAGAUGCAAAAAUUAAAACCAAUCGCGACUUGGUCGCCCGCGUUUUCCCGCGCUCUAGGCAGUUUGUUCGUUUUUACCUGAGUUUUCAUUGGCUCCGAAAAGAAUUUUCCUUUCCUCUGAUUGGCCGUUGUGAUUCCUUUGGUUAUGGUUUUUCGACGCUCAACCGAAAAGUGCUCUACUUACAGCUCGUUAGUACCUUGCUGCAUCUUCAAACUAAGGAAUAUUCUCUGAAGGCUUUUUAAAACAACCUCAAUACCCUUUUGAAUCUUCAAAAAGGCAAAUAUUCCGAGGAAGUCUUCCUUAAUAACCAUAUCAAUACUUUGUCGAUUCGCUCUUUGUUUCCCUUUUCCUCCUUUCGUCUCGCUACAGAAAUUUAGGUCCACUAUGGUACACCAGGGCAAAUCAGAAUUUAAUCUUUUGAUUUUCUCUUAUUUGCAAAUGUCUCAUUAAAGGGGAUUCUUCUAUUUCCCGGAGUUUGUGCCACGCACCCUAGCAAGCUGAUCAGAUUGUGGGUUCAUGAGGUCUACCGGGUGUUCUACGAUAGAUUGGUUGACUCUGAGGACCGGCAAUGCUUCUUUGAGAUAGUUAAAGUAUGGUAAAAUUAUAUUACUAAGUCUUGUCUAACAAGUUGGUUAUUGUCGAUUAUUAGCGUUGCACGACGUCGCCGUCCGCGGGAAGAUUUGUGACGAGUCAGCGAGAGGUUUGCAAUUAGUGCCAGACCCCAAGCAAACCUCUCGCCAGCUCGCUUUCCUCAAGGAAUCAGAUUUUCUCGCGGGCUAAGAAACGCUCGUGUCGCAGCGGUGAAAAUGUGAGCCUUCUUGAGGGGUAGCUAUAUUUUACAUCAGAGAGUUAACCAACCUAGGUGACUUAAUCUUAUAUUGCGUCAUGCUGAGAUUUAAUUUGAAGAAUAUGAUAGAAACUCUAAAGGCUUUGAAGUGUUCAAUUAAUUGCAAUAGGUUGAUGCCUGCGACUUUUCAAUCGACUGAAAUAGAAGCUGAUUUACUGAAUGUCGCAAAUCAUAGUAGAAAAUUAAAAGCGGUUUUUAGCGAAAUAAUUUUGCUAUGACUCUGAAUUUAGCUGGACCUUGUAUACUCUGUGAACCGUUUUUUUUAAAGUUCCUUCAGAUAUUGUUGUUGUUGUUUAUGUAGAAUGUAAUGGCUUCAGAGUUUAAGGAGAAGAUGAAUAACGUCUUUGAACAUUUGUCUGGCAGAGGAGGUGUGGUUACUGAUGACAGUCUGAGGAGGUAAGACUUGAUAACUGGUUUUCGUUUAUGGUUAGCACACAUUUCGGUAUAGAACAACACAUUGGUCAAACGUCUGCGCAUGUACGAACCUUCUAAUGAUAAGGUGGCGUGCUUCCAGGCUGUCAGAACCAAUUGUUUCAUACAAGCCAUUAAGUCCUGGAACUCUUUUCGUUCGAAAAGUCUCUAGUUCUCCUAUCCCUACUUUUGUUUCUCUUUACAGAUUUCUUUGAGCGUUUUGAUUUUCUUUCGCUUUUUUCUAAGACAGGGUUUGCUUCUUUAGUUUUCCUUUGAAAUCUUUUGCGGGAAUUGGAUAGAAUUGGUCCCUUUGCGCAUGCGUGACAUUAGAUCGCUGUUGUUGUUGACCUAGAAUUUCACCUUUUUCUCCUUUGGGUGUUGCUUUGUAGACUGCCAUUUUUAAGAACCCUUUUUUUUUUUUGGCAAAACCAACCGAUGCGUGUGCUAUUCGAGACUAUUCCCACCGGAAAGCUGACAAUAUUCCGAAAUUUGAGGCAAUAAGUAAUUUUUAGCCCCGUGUUGAAUCGUUCGUACCAUUAGUUGGAAUCGGCUGGCCACACAGGAGUCCAGUAGAAUAGCCGAUACAACUAUCAACUUGAUUAACUUGAUCAGAAGUCUGUGGCCAAUGAAAUAUUUCACUCUAUUAGCCUUUGGGCAGGCCCUCAUUACCUCGGGACGAGCGUCUCUUAGCCCGCAGAAAAGCAGGAUGCCUCGCGCAACGCGAGCCGGUGAAAGGUCUCUAAGGGCUCCGGCACUGAGUACCAGACCCCCAGUAAACCUCUCCCGGAUCGUUUCAAACCCUCACCGUGGGCGGUGAAACGCGUGUCCUUCAGCCUUAAUAAAGAGGGCCUGAUCCCAGGAUAUCACUCGAUGAAAGGACUUGUCUUACCGGCCAGUUCUGAUUGAUGGUUGGCAUCCCAGGAGACGGAGCAACGGUGGUUUGAGCCGGGCCUAGUCUGGCAGAGGUCUGGCACGGGAUUUCUAGAUAGAGCAAGACACUGAAAUAUUUUUAAAAUAUAAAAUUGAUGGAGACUGAAAGUAAUCUCUGUAAACUUAGUUUUUAUUGUUGAUCCACAGUUUGUUCUUCGGUGAUUAUAUGGACCGCAAAGCGAAUCCCCGUCUAUAUGAUGAAAUACAAGAUACAGAAGGACUUAGUUCGGUAAGAACUUCUGGGAGAUUGGGAAUGUGUAAUAAAUAUGUGGAGAUUAAAGCCAAAUUAGGAAAGAGCAACAAAUUACGCAGUGUUUCCUCAAUCAGUAUAGAAUUAUGGUCUAUGAUGAAAAAUGCAAUAUGAAAUGUUAGUUAGGUCACUGACAUGUUUGUGAAUGCGAAUGGGCGUGAUCAAGAUUUGACCCGCUAAACACAGGACCACAUGAUAGUGGCUUGUGGUGUCUGAUAAAGACUGACCCCACAGUUUUCGACGAACCGUUGCUUAGCAACUUGCUAUAUCUUACUGACAAGAUAACUUUAGAGGUACUCUCUAGAGCUUGAAUGCUUCUUUGACUCCCACUGGAAAAAUACGUUAUGUGCUGCUCAAACGCUUUUUGUGAGGUAAGGUUUCAUCCAAAAAGUUCAGAAAUAAUUGUGCCUUCAUCAUGUUUACUCCAAAGCCGUAAUGUGUUCCAUCAUAGCUAUGCACUCCACGAGUUAGAUUGAAUGUGUCAAACACUGGAACUUCAAAAGGUUCUAGAAACCGCCUCAUUUCUUGGUUGUAUUGAAUGAUUUUAUCAUUACCUUGGGAUACACUAAACGGAAUUGGUUUAAGGGUGCCAUGUGCGUGCGUUGUGAGCCAUAUAAUAAGCGGCCAUUGGCUUGCUGCUUGAUUCUUAAGUUGAAGGAUUGGUUUUAUGUAACCAUUAAACACUUUGUGAGCAUUCAGACCCAUAUGAAGUCCUACUCCAAUAGCGAUGACUGAGUUUGUCGCGUUAAGUUUUCCCCGAACCUUUUGCAGUGCCAACUUGGCAUGUUCGCCACUAACAUGCCGAAUUCGCUGCCUCUGUUAAUUCACAGUAUUAAUUUCUCUUAACCAUAAACCAUAAGCAUUAUCUGUAAUUUAUGCCCCCAACUGCGUGAUUGCAGUUUUUUUUCCUACUUCUUGCGAGGUAGCAUUUUAUAAGUUAACCUGAUUGGAGGGUGGAACGUAAUGGCGAAGUCAACAAAAUUGUAAGUUUUGUUCCACGAGAGCAUUAACACAACUUAUUAUAGAACUCUAAGACAUUUUCAGAUAAUUUGUUGUGUCGUAGAAUGCAGCUUUGCUAAAGUGCCGAAUCCGAACGCUUUUCGGGAUCAAGAAAAACUAAAGUUUACACAAUAAGACUGAUAUUGAUACUUAUCGAUCAGAUAAGUGGCAAAAUGUUUAGCACUUGUAUGCAAGUAAAAAAUGGAUAGUUAUUUAGAUAACAGAAUAUUUAAUAAUCAUCUUCAAAACAUUAAUAAAAACAUAAGUCACCGUGUUUGUAAAAGAGCAAACGACCGUCGCACCUGUUUGCCUUGUCCAUUGGUUAAGUAAAAGACAAAAUACCGUCACGUUAUUGAAAUGCACGAGUGCUUAUUGGAAAGGACUUAAGGGAGACGUCAUGCACAGGACAAGAUAUGCAGCGCACCAGUGACUAAGCAUUUUGAAAGAUGGGAGAGGAUGCCUAAAAUGUUGGCCCAAACACCAACACUUCGUUGAAAACGGAGAGGACAUAUUAAGUGUUAUCUAAAAUGCAACACUGCCUGCGAUCAACUAAGGAAGCUUCAUCCAACAGAUGUUGUUUGUGGGUUAUGGUUAAAAGAGAAACUGAUACUGUGAAUUAACAGAGGCAACGAGUUGGGAAUGUUAGUAACAGCCUCGGGAAGAACGUGAAUAAAAUAUUAAUGUAUGAGCAUUAAUAGUUUUCAUAUCAGUGUGCUUUGUUGAGCAUGAAACAUUUGAAUUUCGGUUCAGCUUUUCGAAAUUUGUAAAGUUGCGUUUUGCGACACCACACUGUAAGUAAAUGAGUAAAAAGUCUCAGAAGAUGAUUAUGAAACAUUCCUUUGUUUAAAUAACUAUCCAUUUUUUACCUGCAUACAAGUGCUACACAUUUUGCCACUUAUCUGAUCGAUAAAUUUCAAUAUCAGUCUUAUUGUGCAAACUUUAGUUUUUCUUGAUCCCGCUAAGCUUUCGGAUUUGGCACUUUAGCAUAGAUGCAUUCCACGACACAACAAAUUAUAGGUAAAUGCCUCAGAGUUCUAUAACAAAGAAGUUGUGUUAAUGCUCUCGUGGAACAAAACUUACAAUUUUGUUGACUUCGCCAUUACGUUCCACCCUCCAAUCAGGUUAACUUAUAAAAUGCUACCUCGCAAGAAGUAGGAAAAAAAACUGCAAUCACGCAGUUGGGGACAUAAAUUACAGAUAAUGCUUGUGGUUUAUGGUUAAGAGAAAUUAAAACUGUGAAUUAACAGAGGCAGCGAAUUCGGCAUGUUAGUGGCGAACAUGUAGCGAACUCCAACGUAGCGAACUCGACGAGGAGCGAAAUGUCCAGGAAUUCUGCGCGAUGUUUCCCGUGAAUACUAUCAAGCGAAUCAACCAGUGGUUAGAGUGGAAAUUAGCACACCAGGCGCACUGAGCACUCGGCGCUCUGUCCUAGUGGUCAAUGAAAGAGCUGUACUAGGUGUCGAUUUUUCUCUUGCCUGUUAACAACAUAAGCGGCUUUCAAUUCUUCAGAACAGUAGACAGGCAAGAGUCCUGUGUACUUUGACAAGCCCUUUGCAGGCAUUUAUUAUCUCGGCGAAUUCCUAAGUAAGAGAUAUGCAGGUAUCUAUCUAGUAAUGCUCGCAUCAAGAGUUGUUAUGCAGACCAUUAGAGUUUACACUUCUUGUGUUUGUUUCCUUUUUCGAAGAUAAUGGAAGGGUUUCUAGAAGAUUACAACAUGUCAAGCAAAGCCCCCAUGGACCUGGUCAUGUUCAGAUUUGCCAUUGAACACGUGUCUAGGAUCUGUCGAGUCCUCCGCCAGCCCAAUGGGCAUGCGCUGUUAGUAGGUAGGCCGGUUUCCAUAUAUUGAAGUUCCUAGGAGUAUUCCAACCCCAACCCUACCCCCACCUCCCGUAUGUUUUUCCGGUCCAUGGCAGAUUGCUUCAAAGUAGUUCGAAAGGUUUUUCUGACAUUCUACCCUCUAUCCGCCAUUAACUCUUUCACUCCCAAGAUCUCAUGAGCGAUUAUCCUUACUGCCUGCCAUUAAAUACUUAUGAUGUCAAUUUGGAGAGUUUGAUAUUGGAUCAACUUGUAGAUCCUUAACUGUAAUUGAAAAUGUAGUUUUCUUCUUUAUUCUCGACAUUUGUAUGCUUGAUACUGUAUUAGUAGUGUAAGGAGAAAUUCUGUCUUGGUCACUUUUGGGAGUUAAACGGUUAAGGUUCUUGAAUAGAGAGAGACUCUAUUAGAGUGAAGAGUUUUUUCCAAGAAUUUUAGACACAAAUCUGUUCAAGAAAUUAUGACCUUUCUUAGUGUGUUGGUUUCUGGCGUGUGCGUGAAAGGUUUUUUCGUAGCUUUCUUCUGACAGAAAAUUGAUGACUGUUUUAUGUUGUCGCAACUAAAUUGUAUGUUUUUGGCUUGAAAGCACUCGUAACGCCAUGGGGCUAAUAGGUUAAAGUUAUUUUCCACUCGUGUAACAAGUCCUUUAUUAUUCAAGGAUGCUCGAGAAUGUACGAAGAGAAUAUCAGCCCUUAGCCCUAAGUCGUGGGUCGCUUACAGUUAAGACACCCCGAUCGAUAUACUCCCAUUACAGUUCUUGUGCUUGGUUAGCAAGAUAUAUUUAAUGACCUUUUACUAGUUUUCAAAGGUCUUUAACCUGUUCUUAGGAUUUAUAACAUUCAUAGAUUUUUUUUUUGAAUAUGUCCAUAGGUAUCGGCGGUUCUGGUCGUGCUAGUGUAACCAAGCUGGCAGCCUUCAUGUCAGAUUAUGAACUCUUCCAAAUCGAAAUCACCAAGACAUACACAUUCACGGACUGGAGAGAAGAUUUAAAAAAGAUGCUGAGAAAGGCAGGCUUCGAUGGAGCUUCUACAGUGUUCCUGUUUGGUGACCACCAACUCAAGGUCAGUUUUCAACUACUGUGACGCUAAAAGUUUUUAAUAAUGGUAAGUCUGUACUCCAACCCAGUGACCCGCGUAGCCGGAGCUCAUCCCAGUUUCAAUAGCAUGAAACAGCUAGGAGUAUUAAUACCCUCCCCUGGAUGGGAUUCUAGUUGAUCGCAAGGUUACAUCCAAACAUUUCCUGAGGCUUCCCAUUCAUGAUUCACUACUGCCCAUUCCUACUCCUGGAUGGAGAGAGGCAUUAUGAGAGUAAAGUGACUUGCCCAGGAACACAACACAGGUCUCGAACUCUCGACCCAGAGUCCAGUGCUCUAAGCAUCAGGCCACCGCGGUACCCAUUUAAGCAAAGUAGACGCCUUUCUAAUGAGUUAAAUGAUCUAACUCCAGAUGAAAUUUGGAAGUCAUUGUGACAUCAGCAAGAGGUGUUUGGAAAUAAAGAGUGAUGUCUUAAUCACAAGAGCCUUGCGGUGAUGUUUUCUGUUUUACCCAUAACACAUAACUCACUCCACAAAGGCUAUCUUGGGAACAACGAGUAGAGGGUGUUUUAUUUAGGUAACCUUUAUGGAGGCAUGGGGGUGUUGUUUAUCAUCUGUUUGGGGGUUUAAAACGUUGCGAUUUACCAAAAUGCCUCCAGUAGCAUAGAGGUACGUACCACAAUCUGUCAAAAUAUAUAGUAGCUGGAGGAAAGCUAACAAAGAGUAAAAAUCAGGGAAGAGUCGUCAACGAAAGGAUAAUUGAAGUGAAUACCUUAGUUUUUACAACGAUUGCUUUUAGUUUCGAAGACAAUCUGUUGAUCAAAAUGAAACAAAGUUAUUCGUAUUUCGACCUGCGGUUGUUUCACGAGUAGUAAAAUGAUCCUUGCCGGGGAACUGAAAACAAAGAAAUUGUCUGAAAUAAUUCAGGCUUCGAUGGGAUUCGGAUCUUUGCCUCAGAGAUACUAAUUGAGCACUUCAAUCAGCUGAACAUUGAAGCUACGCGUUUAUUCCCGUCGAGGAAUAUGAUCACAAUUAAAUUGAAUAAAUCGUUAACGAAUGUUAUUCUUUCCUCCCAAGUAUAAAUAUGCUAUCAAUGUGUUUCUGGAUUUACUUUCAAUUUUUCUUUUUUCUUUGGUCUAAAGGAUGAAGCAUUCCUGGAGGAUAUCAACAUGAUCCUAAACACUGGUGAUGUACCUAACAUCUAUGAGUCUGACGAAAAAGCUGAAAUCACAGAACAGGUAGCUUUUGAUUUUCAAGCUUGGUUUUUGAACUGUUUUCAAAGAAAAGCUCGACAUCUGUUGUCAAGAACGUCCUGGAAAUUGUCAAAAAUGGGUUUUCUCUAUUCUCUAACCAGAUGCAGAACAUUGUUCAAGAAAGAAACCUUAAGGUGGAUUCCAGUCCUCUGGCCAUGUAUAACUUCUUUAUUGAGCGGGUUCGCCGUAACUUGCACGUGGUUCUGUGUAUGAGUCCCAUCGGAGACGCGUUUAGAAACAGACUAAGAAUGUUUCCUUCGCUGAUCAACUGCUGCACUAUCGACUGGUUUCAGGUUAGACAUUCAACGUUCAAUUAUUAAACUACUAAAAAAUUCUGGAACCAGUGGUAACAGCAACACAGCGGUCAAACCUCUGUGCAUGUGUGAACAUCGUAAUGGCUAAGUAGCGUGCUCUGCAAACGACCACACAAGUCUAUAAGUCGCGAUGUUUUAAAAGCGUAUAACCUUUUAGAUAAAGCUUUCCAUGAUUGUUACGAUUUUCGUCGCAUGCUUUGCGUGACAACGAUUGUAUCUCAUGUUUUCAUUGGAGAUUUGCGCGGAAAGCUGGUGCACGGCGGCUGAAUUGAACCCCCAGUGCGCAUAUUCAACAUUUGACUGCUGUGUUGGUAAGAGCCCUUCUGUACUAAAUGCGUUUACCUGUCACAGACAGUUUGUUUUUAAAUGUUAGCAGGGGUAGUUAGUCGGUGUUUGUUUAAUAAAAUUAUGACAGGAACCCUCCAAAAGCGAUGCUAUCUUUUGGAUUAUCGUGAAAAGCCUAAACAUAUAUAUAUUUCUUAGGCCUGGCCCGAAGACGCUCUAGAAAUGGUAGCAAACAAGUUCUUGGACGAAGUUGAAAUGUCUCGUGAGAUAAGAGGGGAAUGUGUUUCCAUGUGCAAACACUUUCAUCAGAGUGUGCGAGGAAUAUCAGACAGGUACGCAACGAUUGUAAUACUGUUUAUUGUUAACCGGCAAUGUUUGCUACAUAAAGUGACAAGAACGGAUGAAAGUCAGGUAAAAUUACGAAUUAGAGUAUCUGUUGGGCUACCUGUGGCUGCCUGUGAGAAGUAUUAUGGAACAGGUUUCGGUUAAGAGAGAGACACGUGCGCCUGAACACGGCUGAAAGGUGUCAUUACGGCUUAAAAGUGAAUAAAGGAGUAUUACACGAUUGAUAACACAACCUAAAUAAUUCAAGGGAAGCCGUGUGGAAACUCAAGCCGUUGUCAAUCAUGUCGCGGACCUGUCGGGAAAACAUGACUGACAGGUGGAGGAUUUCAAGACAUUUUGUUGGGUUCAGCCUCAAGAUGGCUGUUAAAAUAAUGAUUGACAGGAACUUGAAACUAACUCGAAAGCUUGACUCUGAACUACACAGUUGGCUUUUUAAUGACGUCACUGUAUGCGCAAUUAAUGCUAGAGAACAAAGUCUUGACGCACUCAAUCUUCCUGCCGUAAUGUUGUUGUUGUCUCUUGUGCUAUCAGUUCCAGCUUUUUUUGAGAAAUGCUGGAAAAUUUGAAUUGUGUCUCUUUUACUCCUUCGAUGGGUUCUAGGUUUUUUACGGAUAUCUUAUUAUUAUUUUUAAAAAAGAUAUCCGAUAGAUUUUUUCUUCACUGCGUAUAUGGAAGCUUAUUUGCUAAGGUAUCUUCAAGUUCCUCUGUUGCUAGACUGGUUUAUCGAAAUAACUAGGAAAACAUUUUCAGGUUUUAUGCUGUUCUUCUUCGGCGAAAUUACGUCACUCCCACGUCAUACCUGGAGCUGAUCAAGACUUUCAAGUCACUUCUCGGGAAAAAGCGAUUCCAGAUACUAACUCUGAAGACAAGAUAUCUCAAAGGUCUGGAGAAAUUAGACUUCGCUUCAUCGCAGGUGAAAAGAUAACGAUUUAUCUGUAGAAACAAAUGAAGAAUGUUGUCUUACUUUUUUAUUGCACAUAUGCGUGAUGAUAAAAAUGUGUGUCAACGUGUCGCACUGUCUAACUUGCGUCGGAUUUUGUGUCUCUUGGUUAUUUCUUUUCUCUUCAUUGGCUUUUAUUUUCAAAUUGUCAGGUGUCGAUUAUGCAGCAAGAGUUAAAGGAACUGCAACCAGAGUUGAUUGAAACCAGUAAAGAGACAGAGCAGUUGAUCAAAAUCAUUGCUGACGAGACUUUAGAAGUGGAGGAUAAGAAACAGGUGAAAAUAAAUUAUUUCUGAACAGUACAGCAAAAGGAACAGCUUAAGCUUCUGGUGAUGAAUAUGUCAAUUUAAAAUUGAUUUUGCUAGUUACAUAACUGUGUUCCAAACAAGACGAUAGUGAAGAUUUGUGAAUGAUCGUGGUAUUGUGAAAAAAUGAGCUGAGUUGUUUCACAACAGGUGGUGCAAGCUGACGAGGCUACGGCUGAUGCAGCAGCACAGGAAGCCCAAGCUAUCAAGGUACUUCAUAAGGCACUUACUGAAUAGCAAUGAUAGCAUUUGCAUUUACAACAGAAACUUCUUGGAAUCUGUCGUGAUGAAGCAACUGUAGGAAUAUGUCAUCCGAUUCUCAGUGAACUGAUGAUAAUGAUAAGGAUAAUGAUUCAGUUAUGCGUUCAUCAAUUUGAAGCCUGGACAUUCUUCCAAUCCCCGGGCAUUUGAACUUUUGAAGAUUAGUUUGUUCAAAUUCCGGCGUGUUCAUAUUCCCACCAAUUUUUUGGGAAGGGCAACAUUAGCGAAAGUAUCCUUCUACACGUUGACCAAGCUUUAAAACCUUGACCUUUUAGAACUUUCCUUCUGAGCCAUUCGCUCGCAAUAGUGAAACAUUUGACUGAAACACCUGCAUAUUUAUAGACAUAACACUUGUGUUCCGCUGGAAAGAGUUGACACUUCCGGUUCAAAUUCCCCACCCCAGCCAGGCAAGGUUCAAAUUCCCUAGAUCCCCGGGCAGGGAAGACGGUCAAAUGCCCGUGGGUUGCCCAGUGAGGGAUGUUGAAGCUUCACAUUGAUCAGUGCAUUAUACAGCACAUUCUUCUUAUGAAUAUGCUCUAAUGCUCUUUACAACAAGUUGCGGAGGACUUUGGCCAGACUGCAUUGAGCAAGUGAAAAUUUACAAUUUUUGAAAAAGAAUUUUGCAGGUGCCCCAAUUUUUUGUUUUUGUGAGAUUUGUGUAUACUUGUUUAUGAACAAUUUAGGAUGAGUGCGAGGAUCAGUUGGCGGUUGCCAUGCCAGCAUUAAAUGCAGCUGUAUCUGCACUGGACACCCUUAAACAACAGGAUAUUUCUUUGGUCAAAGCCAUGACAAACCCACCCGCUGGUGUGCGAAUGGUGAUGGAAGCUGUGUGUAUAUUGAAAGUAAGUCAGUCAUUGACUUCGAAUUCGUUAACGAGCUUGCCUAUUUUGAAAAACAGUAUUAGAGUAGAAAUCCGGGAUGGCAUUGGUUUUGCUUUACUUCGCUCUGUGAUUGGUCCAAAAGAACUCGCGCCGCUCAUCAACCAAUCAAAUGCAAGACUAACAUUAAUCACGACGUAGUCGCCCGCGUUUUCCCGCGCAUUUUUCUAAGGCAUUUGUUUGUUUUUACUUUGAGUUCUCAUUGGCUCUUAAGGUUACAAGAUACUUUUACGGGUGCGUCUCAGAAAAUUACUAUGAAAGUGAGUGCUCUGAGGUAAUCCCUAUGAAAGUACAUAUCAUUUUAAAGCUUAUAAACUCCAGAAUUCGAGUAUGUUUUUUUUAAUUGAUAUUCUGAAGUGAAUCAGCACAAAUUUUGCUGAGAACCGUCUGGUCGGUUCUUUAUUUACGUCUUCUUUCAAGAGUUAUUAGCUUUUCAACUUCAAGUAUGUAUUUUUUAUUGCCGACCUUUGCACUCUUCAUCAUAUCUCAAAAAGUAUUCCAAAAAUAAAAAUUUGGUCACAUGGUUUCAUUCCUCAAUUAUUAAUUUUACUGUGACAUUUUUUAAAGGAAUCUGUUUCGAAAUCGGUUUUGGCUAAUUGGUUCGAAAAUCGAAAUCGGUUUUGGCUAAUUGGUUCGAAAAUCAAAGAAGAGAAAAGCGCUUCCAAAGUUUCCUUACACAAUUUGUCUUCUUUGAUCCGAAUUUGAUUUUUUCCUAAAUUCUCACCAGAAAUAAUUUUUUUAUCUACUAGAGUUGUGAAUUUCGAUAGAUUACGUAAAUACCUGAAAAUUAUUCAAAAAAUCGAAAAAUUUCGUCCCUGAAAGUAUCUUUUAUUCUUUAAGGUAUUUUGAGAUUACUUUGAUUUUGGUCGUACAGCCCUUAUCGAAAAGCACUUUAUCGGUUAUUUAAGUUUGCUAUUUUUUUUUUGUAAGUUAACUAUUUCACUCUCAACAUCUACUUUUAUAUCCUCCGUUCAAGCUGCUGUAUAUUUCUUUGAAAUUGUGAGAAGUUACAUGUUAACCACCUUUGGCAGUCAAAGAGCUUCAUUUGUUUUAUUUGUCACUGAAGUUUUCAAACAAUAAGACAUUUGAUUUAGAAAAUCCCUGGUUGUUGUUUAAAGUUUCUUUACAUAUGAGAUGACAUAAAUUUUUAAUCGAUUCUCCAGGAUACGAAGAGCCACAGAGGCGUGUGCAAGAUUCACGAAGAUUAGGUAGUGAGGCAGGUUUUUGUAACAGACAGAUUGUUAACGAUGAGUUAUUUGUGUAGCUUGAGUUGUAGAUAGCGCAAAGUACUUAAAAUGAUUUUGGGGUAGUCUAUGAUCAGAUACCAGAGAAUAUGCAAUCGUAGAAGCUAGUUAUAGUCGUACAAAUUAAACUAACACAAAUUUUGUUCUAGAAGGAUAGCACUUCCCACAAUACAAAUUUGUUGUCUGGUUUUGUUGUUUCAUUGUAUACCACAGGUUUGACACAGGCCGUUUGAUGCCUUUUUAGCUUUAUUAGAAUAUUUUGAGGUAGUGUAAAAGCGGAUAUUUCAUUAGUAGAUGUCGUCACUCGGAAGUUUACUUAAGUGUGGCAAUUAAUUGACAACUGGGUUUAGGACUGACCGGGCAGUCUUUCUUUGUGCUUUUGAGGUAGUUACUGCACUUUGUCCUGUUGAUAAGUUGGUGUUCAUGUUUACCCGUCCAUUAAUUUUCUAUUUUUAGGGAGUGAAGGCUGAGAAGAAGAUGGUAGACGGCAAACAAGUAGAUGACUAUUGGGCGGCUUCCAAGAAGGUUUGAUUGGUCGAUUUAUAAGUAAAUAAAUGUGGUAAGUUUCUGAAGAAACUGUGGUGCUGCGUCGGUGGGAGAGUGUCACAGGAUAAUUUAAUGUUAUCGACUGAGUUGAUAACGUAAAUUGGCCACCGUUAAGAGUUUUGAAGCUGACGUUUCGAGCAUUAGCCCUUCGUCGAUGGCUCUAAUCGCUCCCUAUACGCUUAUUCAGCCGCAGUACUCCCAUCCUCACUCACGAUUAAAAUUAUGCGUCUCAAGCCCCCGUAUCUUGUUGCUAAAUUGUUCCAUUGUGGUAGUUAGCUUCUCUCCUGAAAUUGCUCUCGUUUUUUCUUGCUUUGCUCAUCCACAGGUUCUUGGUGAUUUAAAAUUCCUGGAGAGUCUCAAGCUAUUUGAUAAAGAGAACAUUCCCGCUGCUACAAUCCGUAAAAUCCGAGAUAAAUACGUAACCAAUCCUGACUUUCACCCGUCACUUAUCAAAAACGUGUCGUCCGCCUGUGAAGGACUGUGUUCGUGGGUGCGGGCCAUUGAGGUGUACGACAGAGUUGCCAAGGUAACAAGUAUCACGCCUUUUGUUAUCUCAUGUUUCGUAAAGAGUGAGUUUAUGAUGCACAUAUAUCAGAGCUACUAUGUUUUAACCCUUUGAAUCCUAACAGUGAUUAGCAUCUAAUUUCUCCCUACAAUAUCACUCCUAAACGUUAAGUUUACGAGAGUAAAGCAAAAGUUCACCAAAUAAAGAGGCUCUUGAUUAUAAAACAGCAGCUGAGGAAAUGUUUAGAGAACACUAUGGAGAAUAUGCAUACUGAUACUAGGGUGUAAAGGGUUCAAGAAUUAAACCGAUAAGAAACAUGACCAAGCAUAUACCAAACCUGUAAAUUCGGACUUCCGUCUAAGGUCGCUCACGCACAACAAAUUUCUAAAUUUUGUAAUCAUCCAAAAUGUUCAUUUUUUAUAUUCAUCCUUGGCGUAUGUCAACUAAAACCGUUCUCUUUUCGCUCGGAGUCUGGUCGUUUCAAUAAAAAGUCGUUUCGGUACAGGUCCAUACAAAUUGAAGUUGAUUCGAGACAUCGACAAAGUCGAUUUGAUACAGUUAGAAAGUCGUUUUGAUACAGCUUCAGUCAUUUCGAUACAAACUAGUGAAGGAUACAUUUGGAUAUUUCCGACUUUCUACCAGUCCGAUAAAGGGAGUUAGAGAUGUUAAAUUUUAUGACACUUUGAUUAAAUUCUCGUCAAGGCAAUGAAUUAACCUUUUUCUGUUUUAUGGAUCAAGCUCGUCGCACCCAAGCGCAAACGUCUGAAGGAAGCGGAAUCCCUCCUGGCUCAGCAGAUGUCUCACUUAAAUGAGAAACGAAGUGAGUUGAAAGAAGUCAUGGACAAGUUACAAAACUUGAACGAUGACUACCGAUCAAAAGUGAACAAGAAACAGGUGAGAUAAAAUUUAAUGAUGUAGCAUUCAGCAUUUAAUUCAUCUCCAUGAUAUCAAUAGUGUUAAACAGACAGGUUCGGGGAAGUGAGAAAAUUGUCAACUAUAGUAUGAUGAGAAGCAUUUCUUUGCCUUUGGGGUUGAGUCGUCCGAGCCUCGUUAGUUCAACUCCUCCCUGGAGCAUUCUAACCAUUUUUUUUCCGAGUUUACUUGUGUCAAUGACUAAGAAGAUCGUUUUUCAAAUUGAAGAAACUGAACGAAAUUGUUUUUAUCUCCUCAGGAGCUGGAACGAAACAUUGCAUUGUGUUCCAAGAAGCUUCUGCGAGCUGAAAAACUCAUCAGUGGACUGGGCGGAGAAAGGACGCGAUGGACUCAGGUCAGCGGUUGUGCGAAAGACCGAAUGUAUUCUUUGGUUCGGCUGUGGGUAGUUUCGAGUCGAAAUUAAUUAAGUUUGAUUUAUAUUGCAAUGUUCAAUUUAAUUCCAUUCGAGAGCCGAGGUGUGAGCUAAUGUUUCUUAUGUCGCAAGUGGGUAGCCAGAUUUGCUAAGCAAUAUUCAAAAUGGCGGCGUCCUUGAUCGAAUUUUUGGCAUGUUUGAGGACAAAUUUUGAAUUUUUUUGUUUAAUCUUUGGAAUUUCCAAAUCUAGAAAAUUUUAUUUUUCGUAAAUACGUUCAAAUGGUGGUGAUAAAAAUAAAUGGUUUCUGUGGCAAACUUCUCCUUUUAAGGCCAUGAGUUUUUUUUUCCAGGUUGCCCAAGAGCUGGGUGAGACGUUUAAUAACAUCGUUGGUGACGUCCUGUUGUCAGCGGGCAUUGUGGCUUAUCUCGGCCCAUUCACUGUGGAGUUUCGACAGGUAAACGCUGGUAAAACUCUCUUUAAACAAAGGCUCUUUUUACGCAUUUUUCUUUGCGAUAAUUUAUACAAUGUGCUCUUUUCUGUGAGGGGCGCGAUUGUAUUAUACAGUCAGAAUGUACUUGCUUCGAUAGACGGACCUAUUUUGUUACCUCUUACAUUAAAAAUGCAACAAAAAACCUUGAGUUUGUUGUGGAAAGAAUAAUUAGGCCGCGUUGUAAUGCAAAUAAAUUUUCAUCAAUUUCCGUCUUAAAAUAGUGUACAUUUUCAUCGAAUUAAAGACAUUUUCUAUAAGGUAUUCUUCAAAUCUGGGUGACGGUCGAAUAAAGUAGAGACUCGGGAUUUUGAUAGUUAAAUAGUUAGUUUUUGAUGAAACUUCCACCCUCCACUUAUUAGCUCACCUCUGCAAUAAGUUCAGAUCAAUGUCAGUAUCUAACCCUCCCCUAACCCAACAUUAACCCUAACUUGUUAUCAGUGGACUGUUGUUGGAUUAGGGGAGGGGAGAGUACGUAGUUGCUCAGAUACUGGGAUUGAUCCAUAAGUUCUCUGUCUAGAACUUAAAGUUUACCAGAAGCCCUCCCUCAGGGGGCCUCCAAAGCGUUAAUGGUAAGUUCAUGAGUGGUACUGGUAACUAACAACAACAUCAACUCCAACAUCGCUCUGACGCUGGACUAAACCUCGAAACAUCAGCUUUGAAACUCUUUACGGCGGUCAAUUUACAUUAUCAACUCAGGUGAUAAAGCCAAAUUAUCUUGUAAUACUCCUCACCGACACAGCACCACAGCUUCUUUAGAAACUAACCCCCCCCCCCUUCCCAUUAACUAACGUCAUGGCCCUUUUCAGGAAUGUAUCAAGGAAUGGUGGGGUUUGUGCCGACAGAAGAACGUUCCAGUGUCAGACAGCUUUUCGUUGUCGGCGACUCUGGGAGAUCCUUUAUCAACACGUGCUUGGCAUAUCGCUGGACUGCCGGUUGACAAGUGAGUAAUUCUCCCUUCAAGAUGCUCUACUUUUCCUUGUACAUCAUAUUACAUCACAUCGUGUUACAUCGCAACGACACCGACCAGCUGAUAGGUUUGCCUACUCUCCUGUUUGGUGAAUAAUGCAUUGAAAUUGAUAGAAGUUAAGUAUCAAUCACAUACGGGACUUAGAAGGUUGAUGAAGUGAGCGAUCUUACGCACUGAUGUAAAGCGAGGGAACUACUAGGGAAACUAUAUUAUCUCUUUUUUAACACUUAAACCUCUGAGGUUGACUAGCAUCCAUUCUCUCACUAAGGUUUAACUACUGAAUCAAACAUUUAUGAAAAGAAAAGAAAUGAUCGUCAACUUGAAAAGCUCCUGAUUUUUUUUACCAAAUUCUCCUUGGAGAAUGCCCAUGCUAACGUUAAGGUAUAAAGGAUUAAGGAUCGCACAUUAGGGUAUAGGAAGGACAAGAAGGUUACCGUUUAUCAUUUAAAUUAAGUCCAAGUAGUUUUUCUUUCCACUAGCACCCACUGGAUUGGAUGACGUUGAGAGAAAAAACGUUUUGUACUUGCAAAUGUCUUGAUUGUUGUUAUUUCGGGGAGAAGUAGUUAGUUUUCAAUUUUAUCCUAUAUAUUUACCUCUGCGGCUUGUAAAUGAUCUUUUUUAAUUUCAUUGCCUCAAAAAGACGUUUCCUUUGUUUGUGAAUGAUUUCCUCUUCUGCGCCUCGUUUCUUUUUCAGUUUUUCACUCGAUAACGCAAUUAUUGUGACGAACUCUCACCGCUGGCCAUUGAUGAUAGACCCUCAGGGUCAGGCAAACAAGUGGAUUAAGAAUAUGGAGAAACCAAACAGCUUACAGGUUAGGACUUUUAAACGGUCAGUUUUGGGACAGGUUAUGAUUUGUCUCAGGAGGGGAGAAAGGGGGGUAGAGCUUGGAGAAUUUUGGUGUUGUCACGAUAAAAUUCACUAAUCCCCUCAUAAGGCUCUGUCGUAUUCUUUUGAUUCCCUCCCUUAAGUAAGUCUUUAAUAUCUCUCGAAUAAAUUAUAGGGGUACUGGCUGCCGACUUAAGUGGUCUCUAGAGUUUAAGUUUCAGACAGCCAAAGUUGUGUCCUACCACAGGACUGAUUUGCAGGAAAAACGAUUGUGAUAUUCUUGAAAUGUUUUGUUCCAGGUGAUAAAAUUGUCAGACCAGAACUACGUGAGGACUUUAGAAAAUUCCAUUCAGGUAAACGAUAUUUCUUGCUGAAUUUGUGAGUAGUGGGUCAGAAUAUUUUUCAUAACUGCAAGGUGAGGCAAAGCCAACGCAAUCCUGGAUUACAUCUGAAAGUCAGUUGAAAUUUGCUGCAGUAUUUUAUUUUUUUCUCUUUUGUGAUAGUUCGGGACGCCAGUUCUCUUAGAGAACGUCGGAGAGGAGCUGGAUCCCUUACUGGAACCCAUUCUGCUGAAACAGACGUUCAAACAGGUUGGUAAAAGGCCGAAAAGCAAUUGGUUUUUACCCCUUUCACGCCUAAGAGUGACUAGCAUCUAAUUUCUCCUUACAAUGUUACCCCAGGAUCACUCAUUAAAGUCACGAGAAUAAACGUAUUGAUCACCAACUAAAAAUGCUCUUGAUUGUUAAACAAAUUCUCCUUGUCGGCACCUUAGGAAAUGUAUAGUGAACAGUUUGGGGAAUUGCAUACUGAUGUCAGGGUGUAAAGGGUUAAAGGAAAAAUGCGGUAUAUAAUGACACUAAGUACGUCUGAAUUUGGUCAUAUCCGAAAUGUCUGGAAAUGUUUGUGGUGAUAUAACAAGGUGAAAUACUCUGCUUCUUUCAGUUAACGUGUGGCUUAAAAAGGUCAGAAUAUUAAAAAAACUCUAGGGAAAAAAGCAAAACAAACAUACAAUGGAAAAUAUAGAUGUAUUAUGCCUGUAAAAUUCCUAAAGUGGGGUCCAAUAUUAACAAGGUAAAGUUGUAUAGGGCAGGCAGUAUAAGAAUAAAGUUUCUUUUCUAUGGCUUGGAACUCCGGACCUCUCGAUCUGGAAUCCAGAGCGCUAACCGCUCUGCCAGUGCGUUGCUACAAUUAACAAGUAAACCAUUAUUGCCUUCAUGCAGGGUGGAGUCGAGUACUUGCGGAUGGGUGAUCAUGUAGUUGAAUUUAGUAGGGUGAGUUCAAAUUAUAUUUUAAUUUUUGGCUGGAGUUUUGCUCUUUUGAUAAGGAGUUUCACAUCUCACACAAGAGUUCGUUGUAACGUUACCAUGUGUGACUCUCUCUUUGCAUAACGGAACUGACCAUUUCAAAGAACCCCUUUAACCCUAUCUAAAGACGCUAAGUGUUCUUGUCUUUUGUUUUGUGGUCAGGAUUUCAAGUUCUACAUCACCACAAAGUUAAGAAACCCACACUAUCUUCCUGAGGUCUCCGUUAAGGUAAGCUGCGAAAGAUGAAACGUCUAGACGUGUUUAGGAAUAAGUCCUUAGUGUUAGGAACUCACAGAAUUUACUAGCAUAGUGUUUAAGUUGUACAGCUGCUUGAUAUAUCAUCAAAACGUAAAACACUCGUGCAUCGUAUUUUCUACAAACUUGCUAUCAGGAAUUUUUGAUCGUAUUUAUCCUCUUUAAGAGGUUCGCGCGACAAAGGGCGGCAUUAAAAAAAAAAAGCCAGGAAUCAGCAAACUUCUUCUGAUUGCAAGUGGAGUGCCACUUUUAAAACCACAUGUACUAUUGAUCGGAUAGCAUUUUGAUCGCCAGUGAUUCACCCAGGCAUUUUAUCUCUGCACACCAAAUUCCUUUUAAAGACUGUGGUCCGGCCUAAAAACACCUUUGUUCAACAUUGUAGCUCCUUAUAGGUUAUGAUUAACUUUUCACCCACAACUGUUUGAUUGACAGUAGCGAAACUCUAGAGAUACUCGGCGAUUCCCGAAGCUAACUUUGUACACCAAUCACAACGGACUAUUUCUUAAGCCAUAGCAGUGACAUGUCGUGGAAACUAGUUAUAAAUGUGAACCUUGUAUGCUGGCGCAGCGCAACAGCUCCUUUAGAAAAAUGUUCUCUGUUCUUUUUAUAGAUUUGAUUUUUUUUCCCCCCCACUUUAGGUGACCCUUUUGAACUUCAUGAUCACACCUCUUGGCUUGGAGGAUCAGUUACUGGGGAUAGUGGCAGCGAAGGAAAAACCUGAGUUGGAGGAGAAAAAGAAUGAGUUGAUCAUAGAGAGCGCUAAGAACAAGAAGCAGUUGAAGGAGAUUGAGGAUAAGAUUUUGGAAGUGCUGUCUACUAGUGAAGGCAAUAUUUUGGAAGACGAGACUGCGAUCGAGGUACGAAGUCAUUAUGCGGUUUACUAGUGCUGCAAGUAAACACGGCUGUGCUUAGAUAGGUGAAAUCUUUCCACGAAAGGAUCUGUGAAUUUGUGUGCCAUGACAGACUUCGAUGUAGUCGUAUGUGAAGAUUUUGAUCGGCUGUUUCCAUUAAAACUGUCAUACGUUCUUCUUUACUCACACUGUGUGUGUUAGGUAUUAUCAUCCAGCAAAAAGCUGUCAGAGGAAAUCUCAGUCAAACAAGAAAUCGCCACUAAAACUGAAAAGGAAAUUGAUAAAACUCGAGGAGGUUACAAACCAGUGAGUAGAAAAGCCUUCUAAUUCUUUUGUUGUAAUUUACAGUACAGACAAAGUCAUUCGGAGAGUGAAGCUAUGAACUUGUAGUUAUUUGUAUCGUUCAUUUUUUUCUUGAUAACCCAGUUAUUCAAGCAAUUCCUGACUUCUUCCGUCAUCAUAUUGGUAUUUUUAGCAAGCAUUACUUAUUUUAGGACGGGCGCUCAGAAACCAUCUCAACUUUUGAGAAAGUUUUUAAUAUCAAAUGCACAAAUACUGUCUAACUGUGACGUAUUUCAUUGCUCUGUUGGUCUGAUAUCUCUUGUUAUUGUGUAUUGUCAGGUGGCUAAACACUCCAGUAUCUUGUUCUUCACUAUAUCCGACCUGGCCAACAUUGAGCCGAUGUACCAAUACUCGCUGACAUGGUUUAUAAAUCUUUACCUGCAGGUAAGUACUUUGCUAUUUUAUUUUUGUCCAACUUAAAUACGUUAAUAACGUUACUUGAGGACUGUGAACGAUCAGGCAGAUAUCAUUGCUUAUUGCCAAAUCUGUUGCGUCCUUGUUGCCCCAUGCCGAAAGAACGCUCAAAAAACCACUGCCAAAAAUCUACGUCUUUCAAAGUUUUUUUUUUAAUGGUUAAUUGGGACGCUCUCUCCUUUGCAGUCAAUCCUGAAUAGUGAGCCGUCCUCAGACCUUGGCAGAAGGAUAUUGAACCUCAAUGAUCAUUUUACUUACAGGUAAUGGGGGAGAUGCAAUUACAUUGUUUCUACAAUAUACUUCUCUAUUUAUGUGCGAGACCUAUCAAGAUGAUAGCUCGGUGAUGUUGUUAUUACAAUUCGCCCUUGUCAUUUCAUACUGUUGACCAUUUCAUGUUGCCUGUGUUGUUUCAUAGUAUCUACAGAAACGUGUGCCGAUCAUUGUUUGAGAAGGACAAACUGUUGUUCUCGUUUUUGUUGUGCAUUGGUAUUCUGAAAGGAAGGUAUGAGGUUUAUUUCUACAGGCUGAGGGGGGGGGUUGAAAAUUAUAUCUUAAUUGUGUUCAUUAGUGUCCAGAUUAAGACAACAUAUUAAAGAAAGGUUUAAAUUAUUUCGCUAUUUCACUUCUUCAAAAAGGUGAAUAAUGUAGUAAAAGAGUACGAUGAAAUUUGAAGUCUUUAAAUGCACCAAAGUGAUCAGGGAGAGCCAAACGUGAAGGACAUGCGUUAUCUUUUUCAGUUUUAAUAGGAUAAAGGUCAGAAAUUUAUCUUGUGGCUCGCUAUACCUAAUGGGAUAAAGGUUACUAAUUCAUGACUGAAAUACAUUUUUCUCUGAAGUUUGUCCCAGAAAUAUUUGGAUCAAUAUAUGUACGUUGUUGUGAGAAGAUGAUAAAUUUUAUUUGUUUGUUGUAUUUUCAGCGGUAAAAUUGAUGAGCAGGAAUGGCGUUUUUUAUUGACGGGCGGAGUGGCCCUGGAAAACAAAUUUCCAAACCCUGCAUCGGAUUGGUUGACCGACAAGUCUUGGGCUGAGAUGGUUCGAUGUUCAGCGCUACCAUCAUUUCAAGGAAUCCUCAAACACUUCACAGCGAGAGUAAGUUUUCAAAGCUGUAUUUGGUUUUUUGAUUUGUUACUAUCAUUAUAACCGCAAAGAACUUCGUGAUCACCUACUUAAGCUGUUCUUGGGACAUACGUGAUUGGAUCUUUUGAAAAAGCUUUUUGGAAAAGAGUUCGGCAUUUUAAAGUAACCCUGACUAGUAACUUUGUUUAUUUGAUCCCUCAGAUUUCGGAAUGGAAGGCGUUCUAUGACUCUGCCACUCCCCAAACGGAACCACUUCCCGAGCCUUGGGAAGAUGAUCUUAAUAAGCUGCAACAUUUGAUUGUCUUGAGAUGUUUGAGGCCGGAUAAGGUGAAGAUUGCAAAAAAAUUUUUUUUGUACUUUUUAAAUAACCAUCCAGGCUGAGGUGAGAGUAUUUAAGGAGCUGCGGGAAUUAUUUUGGUUUCAGUUUACCUCCCUGUUUAAGGCGUUUUACUCGGUGAGGGUCUUGUUAAAAAGGAGGAAAAUAUAACUGCUUAUAAAAAGAGCACAAAAGUGUCUUGCAAACUCGAUUCAGAAGUAACCGAGGACAACAAUCUUCUCUCCCAACUCCAUCUGAAAAUGUUUAGACGUUUUAGUCUUGUAUCGUAGGCUCGUCUCGUGCAUAUUCUCGCUCUAAGGAUUAGCUUCUCCUUUUGCCACCUGGUAGCUAUAGUCGCUCUCAGCAUCCAAGUUCAGGCUAGCACAUCGCUUUCGAAUUCCAAUCUAAUGAAAAAGUUUCCCAAACCUGGCAUGCAAACAAACUCUGAGACGGCCAGGUAAGGUUUAUUUACUGUGCCGUCACAAGAAGUUCUUCGUAGAUCCAUUUCGAAUUUCCCUAUAUCCUACAUUCAUUAAGAUGUAGUGUACUUCCAGCUGAGUGAUCUCCUUGCCAUUGUCCUUUGUUUCUCUGACCAGCAUAUAUAUUUAUACCGUUUGACCUUCCAGAUCACACUCGAGUUCUUUUCUUUGACAGGUCACCUUAGGCGUACGUGACUUCAUAACAUUCUACAUGAGUCCAGCGUACAUAGAGCCACCCACAUUUGACCUGUCCAAGUGUUAUGAAGACUCAGAUUGCUGUGUGCCGUUGAUUUUUGUGUUGUCACCCGGAGCAGAUCCCAUGGCCAGCUUAGUAAAGUUUGCCGAGGACAUAGGUAUGAAUCGUGGAACCAACCAUCAAGUAAUAAAGUUGCUUUCCUGGUGAAAAGCUAGUUUUCGCCCACGACGGAGUCAGAGUCGUAAUUAGACGUGCAUAAAUUAAAACCUGCAUAACCUUGUUUUGUAACCUGUUGAGGCUCGGAGAUGACUCGCUGUAGACUGCAGGUUCUUCAAUACUUUGUUUUCUAUCAAGUAAUCCAGUUAUUUCCGGCCCAAUACUGUUUUGUAUCGUUUUGUUUUUAUGGUAGGUGUGACCAGGUCUCAUUUUCAGACCAUUUCACUUGGUCAGGGACAAGGACCCAUUGCUUCAAAGAUGAUCAAUGAAGUAAGACGACUGUUAUAGAAUACUAAUCAUAAAAACUACAAUUUCCUCGAUUGUGAUCGGUUUAAAAAACUCCUAUUUUUCACCAAUUAACUUGCCAAGUUAUCGGACCGUUUGUUAUCGAACAGUUUGUUUGUUUGUGCGGUCGCCUGAUUGUGUUAACACUCGUAUGAUUACAGACCAUAUUGGACUCCAUUCAGCCCUAUUACCGAUACUUAUAGAACCUGAAAAAAUUUGGUAGUGACUUGACUUAUAUUCUUGAUAGACUGCGACCCUUCACCCUGAACCAAUCACAAGUUCACCAAAAGUAAUAUUUGCACACGCAUGCGUAAAGCUACAUUUAUACAAGCAAGUUCCAUUUGGUAGGGUUGAUAACAUUUAGUAGGUCGUCCAUGGCAAACUCCGUUGUCUGGAAAUUGGCACUUGUUUCACAAGUAGGCUUUUUUUGGGAAAACUUGCCUUUGUUUUGUUUUUAAUGAUGGACAAUAUUGUCGAGUAAAUUAUCAACGGCUAAAGGGAGAAGCAAUAAUCUCGUGGCUUGUGCGCUGUAUUCUGGAUCGAUGGUUUCGGUUCGAUUGCUGGCCGAGUAUCUGUGCUGUGUUUGUUAGCGAGACAUUUUUGUCUUACUUAUGUACAUUUAACAAUUUUUUUUGUAGGCCAUCGCUGUCGGGGACUGGGUUGUACUACAGAAUUGCCAUCUUGCAACAUCGUGGAUGCCUAUUCUUGAGAAAAUAUGCGAGGAGGUGAGAAGGUUUUCAACAGUUACUAUAUUUUAACGCGAUAGUUAAGUGUCGAGCAUAGAUGGCUGGUUGUUAUUCGUGGGCUAUCAUGCUGCAGUCACAAAAUCUGAGUGCUGACCGCCCCCCCCCCUUCCCCAUCCACUUCCUUGAACUUGAUGAUAAUACAUUGCUUUGUUACAUUAAGUGACUGAUGCGAACUUUUGGUAAUUUAUGCCAUUAAUUUCGCCCAGUUUAUAAUUUUCCAACUUCUUAUUACCAGUCUUUUUGACGGAGUAUUUAAAAUUGUAUUGAACAUUUCAUUGCUGAUCACUCCUUGUCAAAUGAACGACCUGUGAAUCAGCGAAUUCGUUGAGCAGCAGCAGAGCGUCGUGAAAAGUGCAGCGUAUGCGGGGUUAAACAUGUAGCAUAUCACCUUUACUAGGAGUCAGUAACAAAAAUUAUAGGAAUUAGAUGAAGCUCCCUCGUGCACUGAUUAAUAAACACAUAUUUGCACUGUGGUAUCUCGUUUAGAUUAUCGUCCCGGAAAAGACGCACAAGAAUUUUAGACUUUGGCUUACAAGUUACCCCACCGAAAGAUUCCCUGUGUCCAUCUUACAAAACGGUAAGAGACAGUUUGCUUUCUUUUCAGUAACCUCCUGUUUGAUUUUUUAGUAUGUUUACCUAAAAUAACGGAAUUCAAAGAUUUAGUAGGGUUUUUUCCCAGUGUUUAGUUUACCUGAAGUCUCGCUGAAUGUACGAAAAUUCAGCAUUUUGAAAGAACGAAUGUACCACUCCAGCUAUUGAUGUGGUCAGGAGCUGUGAUCUUGUGUAGGGUCUCAAGCGCUCGUCAACCCGUUAUUUCGAGCUAAUUUUAGCAAACGAAGCCAACAACGCCUGUUUUACACAUCUAGACAAACACAGCCUUUGGAAUAACUGCCUCGUUGAAAAAAAAACACAAAUAUUGAAAUAAAUUCUUAUUAAAGGAUGAUGAAAGAGUUAAACCAUCCAUAAUUUAAAAUUUCUUCCGCCAAUUAUCUUCCAUAGGUUACUGUGAUUUACGUUCCACUUUUCAUCUGAGGGAAAGCAUUAAGAAAAAAAAAACCACGAAUUAUUUCGAUCUGUUCGUCGUAAAGAAGGUUGACUUUUGAAAAUCAUGCGAACCUGCCAUUUCGUCCAAAUCUACUCGCAAUUUUUUGUUUAAUGCACUUUUUUAUUUAUUUGUUUAUUUUUGUUGCUGUUUGAGGAUAGUGCAGUUUUCUGCCUUAGGUCACCUUGACUGUUUUUUCGAUGAGUCAGCGCGCUAUGUCUGAGUCAUUACUGACUCCCCGAUCAAGGCUCGUGAUGUAUUGUAUAUUUGCUCUGCACCGAUUGAGCAUCUGUCGCUUACUUGUCCGCUCUCCUGGCCUCUCAUACUGAAUUUAAUUUAAUAUUCAUGACUAUUUCUUUGUCUUUCAACCUAUUCGCAGGAGUGAAAAUGACCAAUGAGCCACCGAUGGGACUCCGGGCCAAUUUAUUACGGUCGUACCACAGCGAUCCCAUAUCAGACCCUGCCUUUUUCAGUGGCUGCAACAAACCAAAGGUAACAUGAACUGGAAUCAUAACUCAAAAUUAUUUAAUGACUAUUUUUUGUUUAACUCUCUUGUCUACUUUCUUGUUCGUAGUUGGUGCAUCUACUGAAGCGACAAUGAGCGCUUUAUGUAUUAUUUCAGGAUAUACAGUUACUACCAAUUUUUGUUUGCAACGUCUCUUUUGCUUUACUGUAAGUUUUCGUCAAGGUUAUGGGUCUAACGCACUAAGAACACUGAACUAACCAGCUAUAUAGCGGCACUAAAUUCACCCUCCUAGCCUAAUGUUGAUAUGCAGUACAGCAGUCGAAACGUCGCGAUGAGCCGUUGAAAGUGACUUCAUAUCGAGACACAAACAUUCAUACGUUAAAGAGUAGUUGGUGGGCCUCUUAAAGAGCUUUUCAACUGAGUAUCGUAAAACCAAAAGCAACGUAAUCACAACGGCCAAUCAGAGGAGAGGAAAAUAUCUUAAAGAGCCGAUGAGAACUUAAGGUAAAACCCACUGAAUUCUCUGAAGCGCGGGAAUUCGCGGAUGACGAAGUCGUGAUUGGUUUUAUUUUUGCUUCUGAUUGGUCGAGAGGGUGGCCCAAAUUUAUUUGGACCACUCACAGAACGAAGUAAAGCGAAACCAUUGCAGACGCUCCAUUGAAAACUCCUCUAAAACUAGUUGCACUUUUCGAAAUGUGUUAUGUCGAUGCGAUUUUGCAGGUCUGGAAGAAACUACUUUUCAGCUUAUGUUUUUUUCACGCGCUGGUUCAAGAAAGACGCAAGUUCGGUCCUCUGGGUUGGAACAUUCCGUACGAGUUUAACGAGUCUGACCUUAGAAUUAGCGUUCGUCAACAACAGGUGAGGAUUUAUCCUGAAGACAUGUGGGUAAGAGUACUUGUUUUUUCAGUCACCCUCGAUCUCUUACGGAUCUCCUGUAAAUAAAUGAUUUGAUUGACGUGAAAUUAGAAAAAUCUUCGGCUUCAUCCGAACAUAGCUUUUUGAGGAGUUUAGUUCCUUCAAAGAAUUUUUUUUUUUUCUUUUUAAUGGAGCCCUGAAUACACGAUAAUCCAUCUAGACUAUCUUGCAAACAUCAUACUGGUAUAGUGAUCGGAAAUCUGAAGCCGUAGGCGUAUCUUGAAGCUGUUACUGCUAUUGCUAUGAAAUGGCCUGCUAUGGAGCUUUGUGAUAAUUGCCGGCCGAAAAACAAUCCUGAUUCGAGGCUUCAACUAGCUUCUUCGCAUACUGCACUUUCAAGAGUAUUUAUGACCCAGCACCCAAUUUUGAUCCAAGCCAUCUAACAUUCCGCUGUUGUUUCAAAAUAUAUACGCAUCGCAAAAGUCAGGUUUGCGUUCUUCAUCGCUCCAAUCAAAGCAUGAGGAGAGAAAAAUAGCUGGAUAUCGCGGCAGAAGACUUAUUUCCAUGCCUUCAGCUUCAAGACUAAAAGUGUGUCAUGGUUGGUUUUACAGAUGUUUUUGAAUGACUAUGAAGAAGUUCCCCUGGACGCUCUAACCUACCUCACUGGACAGUGUAACUAUGGAGGACGGGUGACCGAUGAAAGAGACAGGUAUGAUAGAACUCAAUGGCUCUGUGCUGUGGCUGAAACAAGUCAUCAACCUUUCAAAGUGCCAUGGCGCUAAGUGAAGCUCCGAAUGCCUUUUUUCUUUUAAAUGUCGGACUUUCGUUUAAUGAAGUUAAACUUCAUUAGUGAAGGGGGUAAAUUUCUAAAGAAACUGUGGUGCUGCGUCUCGGUGGGGAUUACAACAAGGUAAUUUGAUUUUAUCAACUGAGUUGAUAAUGCAAAUUUGCCACUUUCGAGACUCUUAACGGUGGCCAAUUGGCAUUAUCAACUCAGCCGAUAGAACAAAUCAUCUUGUAAUACCCCACCGACGCAACACCACAGUUUCUUUAAAAACUUAGUCCCUUAAUUCAUUUGCCAUGUAAUCGCUGAACUCUUGUCUUUUUAUUUUUCAAUCCACAUAUUUAGCUUUAGAAACUCUUCACGGUGGCUAACUAACAUUAUCAAUUCAGUUGAUAAAAUCAAAUGAUCUGCGUUGGCGAAGGCCUAUAAACUGAUCUUAUUUGGUUUAAAAGACACAGUUGACGCAAAAAAAAUACAGAACAAAAGACAAAACGGAGAAAACGUUGAAAACAAUAGGCUAAUAAGCGGUGUUUCAUAGUGACGUGUCUUGUGUCUUCCACACCGAGAAGGAACGUGUUUCGCUCCGAAAAUAUUUUUAUCCAAACAAGGGGAAUUUGUUAUUGGAAACUUAAACAAAGACUCCUAGGACUCUGCAUUAAACAUUCUUACCCCUCCCCCCCUCCCCGGUUUUCCCCUUUUUCUAACCCGAAUACUUUCUCAUUUCCACAGGCGUCUUAUUUUGAGUCUCUUGUCCAUUUUUUACUGCCGGGAGGUCACAGAAGAUGAGAACUACAAGUAUUCCAGUAGCGGUUCAUAUUUCGCGCCUCCAGAGGUCAGUGUCAGUUCGUUAAGGGACAAAAUUACUAUCCUUUAUAUGACACACCAGUGCUAAAAGUUACACUAUAACCCCAGUUUGGUGAGGCAUACCAGACAGCAGAAGUCAGCCGUUGAAGGCAAUUCGUUGAUGACGAAUAGAGAUAAACUUAAACGGAACGUACACGUGGAACUCAGGGGCAUUUAAAUCCAAUUACAUACAUCAUAUGUUAAAAUUUAAUGGACAGAACUAUAAUGAUUGAACUUGGGUUUACAGAAGAGGAAUAAGGUUUACAACUAUGCAAAACCCUCCUAUAACACUAAAUAAUAGAGGAGUUCUAUCUCCAAAUCAGUGGCCCUUAAUUUUCUAAACGUUCCAAAUGGGCGCGAACGAUUAAAUUCCCCAUAGACAAAUUAGCGGCUUUCCGUGUGAAUGAUGGAUACCCUAGAUAUUUCUUUAAUCUCCGCCCGUGCUCAAUGUUGAAUAAAGCAGCUUUGGAGAGAGUUCCAGGUUCGAGCCCCUGGCUGAGUCAUUGUUUUGUGUUCUUGCGCAAGACAGUUUCACAUUGCCUCUUUCCACCCAGGCCUCGAAGCUUGCAUAGCACAGUCCAUUAGAUAAAUCUCUAUCCGAUGGAUGGCGCGGUACGUUUUGCUAUCAGUUAUCCGCCGGAUAGCGAUUAAUCCGUUGGAUAGCGUUAUCCGUGGAAAAGCGUUAUCCGUUUGAUAGGGUUUCCUUUGGAUAGCGUUAUCCGCCCUUUGAAUAACUGGGCCUAGGAGGAUAAUUACGUACUAGCGAGUUUUCAGGGAAUCCUUAAGGAAUGCAAGGGGGUGGGGUUGCCUACGUUUGAUUAGCAUUCCAUCCAGGGGUAUUAGCAAGACUCUUAUUCACUUUAUGCAACUGAGACAAGGAUGGUGCCGGGGCCACUUGGUUCGAGUGCACAUUUUAAUUCACAGAUUGGUUGAGAUUUCAGUACCAAUCACAGAGCUAAAUAAAGUAAAUUCCAAGCAAUUCCGGCUAACUUUAUACACUCAAUUGAAAUCUGCCCUAAACUGAUGCUGUUCUUGUCUUGUCAUUCUACCGUCACAGGGUCCUUAUGAUAGCUAUCUCGAGUACAUCCGUAGUCUGCCUCUCACUCCAGAUCCUGAGGUAACUUCUGUUAGAUAGUCACAGCCGUUUAAGUCUCCAUCCUCCAUCGUGAAAUAGAAAAAGAAGUCAAAUUCUUUCAGUGGCACUUUACAAUAAGUGCACUGAAAAGACCUUAGAAAAUACGCGAUAUUAGGCAUAAAUACUGGCUUUAUACUCAUAGCUUAUCAGAUCUCAGGAUUUGCAUCAUCUUGCCCGCUCACGAAGCCAUGCAGUCAUAUAAGAAAUUUAAAUAUAGUCUACAAUUUGUUUGACAGGUAUUUGGUCUGCACGAGAAUGCUGAUAUAACAAAGAACCAACGUGAAACUCAACAGCUAUUUGACGGAAUUCUACUCACGCUACCCCGGCAGGUAGGAAAUGAUGGAAUCUCAGUGUUUCUUCCCUUUACUUCAUACUUCUGGAAAACUACACUGUGAUUCUAUCAAGCGUUUAUUAUACAAUCCUUGACACCACUUCUGAGCAGUUCCAACGUUCACACAUGCGCAGACGUUUGACCGCUGUGUUUGAGGGGCGCAGUGCUCUUUAAGGAUCAUCAGCACCCCGUAUCAGUGAGCAAAAUAGCUCCUUAAUUCCUCAAUAAACUACCAUCUUGGCCAGUAUUGCUAAUUCACGCCCUACAAUUCUUUCGUAUUCUGUACGGAUGGUCGAUUUGAACAAGAGAGUGAUUCCUUGAGUCAAAAAAAAAAAAGAAAUGAUGGGUAACCGCACUUGAUUUUGACGAAAUAGCUAAUUUCCUCUCAAGAGAAUGGCGGCUGUUAAGAAAAUACUGCUACUUUUCUGCUUUCGUGGGAAAUUUUGUGGGUGCAUGUGACAACUUUCGUUACGAGAUUUAGAUCUGUAUAGCGGGUGAUAAGUGAUAAGAAAUAAAGUUUUUGAGUAAAGAUGGAUAUGAAAAUCCACUAUUAAAAUUUGGACAUCUUGACUAUUCCUGAUGGUGUUUUCAAUAAUUGUGUGAUUUCAGACCUCUAGUGGAGGGAAAUCUUCUCAGGAAGUGAUUGAGGAUUUGGCUUGUGACAUCCUGUCGAAAAUUCCUCUGCCUUUUGACACAGAAAUGGUUCAGGUGAGUGGUUCGGUUAUUCUAGAAGCAAAAAAAAAAAUUUGUUAUUUGAUCUUCGUUGGUAGUAAAAACUUAUUAGGUCUCACAGUUAGUUCGUGCACCAUGAUUGGUCAAUUGAACGGGCCGUGUUUUACUAUGGCUCGCUAAAUGUAAAAGUUUGAAUUGAAUUGAAAUCCUAUUCCUCUAUUUGAACCAUCCAUGAGAAUCCUCGUUUUUCCACACUCGGAUUUAUGGCCCGCGCUCUCCGCGCUUGGGCCAUAAAUCCAAGGGGAGAACUCGGUCCUUAACUUGCAGUACGGAUCUCGAAAUCGGUUAAUAAGAGAGUAAGAUGUAUGAAUGAGUUAUUUGAUGUUGUGCCUCUUCGGUUCAUUUUCAAUCCAUUCUCGGUAUCUGCAAACUUACCCCUUUUAUCCAUUUGGAAAGCUUAAUUCACACUUUCUUGUGCUUCAGAAAAAGUAUCCUGUACUUUAUGAAGAAUCCACGAACACCGUAUUGCUUCAAGAACUGAUAAGGUAAAACCACUAAAUCGUUUUUCUUUGCAUAAACCAACUGACAAAUAUGAAUCCCUGAUUUUAAACUUCAACGCUACAUAGAUUUCCUAGGAUUGCAUCUUCUUUUCCUGGUGUAAUCAACAUUACUCUUAAAGUAGUCGAGUUGAGGUAUGUUGUAGUGGGUUAGAAAGUUCUUUUAACUAAUAACCAAUAUUUUAAGGUUACUAAAGUUACAUUAGCCAGCACGAGUGCUGUCUGAAACAUUUGUGGCUGAAUAUGCAAUGAGAAGGGGCUAUUGUCACUCGCGCUCGACUGAAAUACUGGUUAAUUUGCUAAAUAUUUGCUGGUUUUCAUACUAUAAGGCGGGCGUCGUGAUGAUCUAUUUCGUGUAGUGCACUUGUUUAUGAACAACUACCUUGCUGUUUCUUUUCACGUAGGUUUAAUCGUCUUACAAAUGUUGUUCGAUCAAGUCUCGGGAAUAUUCAGAAAGCAAUCAAGGUGAGAACCCUCUUCGCUUUUGAUACAAAAUGAGCCGAACCUAUAAUCAUUUGCUCUGCUCAAUUUAAGCCGGAAUUCUUUAAGAUAAUCUCAUACACAUCACUUUGCACAAGGGCACACGUGUCAAUAUAUCAGCUAAAAUAGACCUAAUGGAUUGCAAAAAUACAUAUCUGUUUUAGGAAGUAAGCAGUUUUCUGACAGAAAAUUUUGAGGUUCUCGUUACAGAAAAUACCUAAAGUCAAAUAUACGAACCAAUUUUAAGCCAAAUGACUAUGUCAUGUUAUUUGUCUUUCAAAUAUUUUUGUAUUGAUGGGGGCAAACCCUACAACAGCUUGGCGUCAAAAUCUAUUUAUUGCGGGGUUGUGUAGUCCAUGGUGGCGGAACAGCCAACACUUUUUCAUUUAUAUCCAGAAAAUUUGCCAGUACUUUUUGACCAUUUUUUAAUGGAUGAAAAAUACUGUAAUAAAAAAGCACAUGUUCUUAUUGCAAGCAGUAACCGGAUAACCCAAGAAAGUUUAGCAUAACAGAACUUAGCAGAAGAACACUUCCCUCCUAUUAAAUAAAGCAGUAGCAAAGCCACAGUUGGCUGUACAUUGAUAUCCGCUGAGUCGCAGUUAUAUUUUGUAGCAGUAUAGUACUGCUAUUGAUUCUGUCACCUUUGUUCUCAGGGUCUUGUGGUGUUGUCGUCGGAGCUAGAGGAUGUCUUUGGGAGUAUGAUGGUGGGAAGGGUAAGAUUAUUUAACACUUACAAUAGCGUUUUUUCUUGCUUGUAGAAUAGGGGAAUCCAGUUGAUUACCAGAUUUCCUGGAAAGGAAGCUUUUACGAAAACAAGUAUUGUAAACGUAUUAAGAGAAGAUAAAACUCUUGAAAAUCAUUGAAAGAAUUCUUGAGCAGGUGUAUGAGAAUUGGAGAAAUGUGCUAGCAAGUUGAAAUUUGGCUGGAGUGCCCUCUUUACCCCACUACCCCGUGGGAUUAUUUUUGCACGUAAACAUUCCUCCGUUGUUACUGUGUUUUCGCAAUGUAUCAUGGGUUGCUGGAAAAGUAAACACACUUGUGCGGAAAAUUUGGAGUUUUACGUUGAAAAAUUUGUACUUAUUCUACCCUACGGAAACAGUUAUUUCUAUGCUUCGAUCACCUCACACAGAGGAAUUUCUUUUUAGUUUUGCAAGGUGUGUUUGAUAAUAGCACCUGUGAUUUCCUCUCAUUUCCAGGUUCCUAGUAUGUGGGCGGCCAAGUCUUACCCGUCUCUGAAGCCGUUAGGUAGUUACGUGGCAGAUCUCGUUGCGCGCCUCAGAUUUUUCAAGGUAAGUUUCUUAGUGCUGUUUGAUUUAGGUUUCACACCUCGAAGGAGGUUAUGGAUCACACUUAAAACGUUUGGUAUUGUUGUUUAUUUAGGACUGGAUUGACGAAGGUUCUCCAAAUGUGUUUUGGAUCUCUGGAUUCUACUUUACCCAGUCCUUCCUCACAGGUUAGUGCGCGCAGAAUCUGAAACGAUCCAGUAUAUGACUGCUGAGUCUAGAAGAGGAAAUUUGUAUUCCUUUAAUUUAAGUGACGGAACUUAUCUGUGGACCUGGCCAAGUCCGUGUACGAGCUAUAAACGACUCGGGCCUCAAUUUAACAAGUCACUAAUCGGCUAUCUUUCGAUAACCAAAGCAAGAAACAUUUUCUUUAUCGGCCAAGUGAUGCCUUCUAUGACAAGGAUCGUCGACUCGUUUUGAUUAUAAAGCAUGAAAAUCAUCGAUACUCUACUCUCCAUGGUUUAAAACGACUUGUAAGUGUCACUUGGUAACCCCUUAACACCCACCCCUCCAUUGAAACAUUUUGCCAGCUCUCCUCCACUCCCAAAUUCUCACUUUCAUUCGCGACUAAAAACAGGCAUUUUGAAUGGAGAGUGUUGGAGAGCAAUAGACUCGCUGUCAGCUAAAAAUUCGAAAUCAAUGUGUGGGUAUUUUCAGGCGCAAUGCAGAAUUUUGCCCGACGUUAUAAAAUUCCGAUCGAUCACCUGGGUUUUGAAUUUGAAGUGAUGGAUGAAGAACAGGAUAUGAAGAAGAAGCCCGUGAGUACAUGAAUUGUUGUCUUACGUUCUGAACUACAGCUUUCGCUAAGGAACCAGUCAUUAUUUAGCGCCUGUAAGGGGGGGGGAGGGACAGAAGGAUUUUGGGGUAGAUCAUAUGGUUUUUAGGGGAGAGCGGAGGAGGGAUCAGUCAUUGCCAACAGAGUAUAAACGGGGGAGAACAGAAAAUUGAGCGUUGAUUAACUUGCAAUGAGGUGGUUGGGGUGGGAAUCAUAAGAAUAUGAAAGGGGGGGGGGGAGGGAAUCCGAAAAUUUUAUCGUGACUCAACCAAAAGCCUCCCACCCCCUCAGGUGAUAAAUAAUAACCAGUCCCUAAAUUAAAUGAAACUCAUUUCUCCACCUGUUGUGGGAGGUUUUUGUUUCUUUGAGUCAGCUCAUUUUAUUGUUCUCUUAUGCGAUGUAAUUUCUUAGUUUGCAAAAUAAUGCAACGUUUGACGUAUUGUUUGUGUUUGUUUAUUUGUUUGUUUACAGGAAGAUGGUGUAUAUGUUAAAGGUCUUUUUAUGGAGGGCGCUAGAUGGGACAGAGUAAACAAGGUUCGGUUUUUUUCUGUGCUAUCCAUUCCCUUUUUGUAUGUGUGGUUUUUAUAGGCUGUAUUAAAAGUAUAUAUACUAUUAUGACUACACCAUGCUAGGGAAAAAAACAAAAACAAUAACGUUAAUGUUAAAGAGGGCCGCCAUUGAUAUGGUGAAAGAGUUUUUCUUACGUCUAUGACUUCAGUAUGGCUGUUCGACUGAGUCUCGGCCUGUUUCCUCUAGGUUGUUGGAGAAUCUCUUCCAAAGAUAUUGUAUGAUACUGUUCCAAUUGUAUCCUUUAACAAAAAAAUUAGUAACAUACACAGGAUUAAAAGCUGGAGACGUGCUAGCCUAACAGUCAGUGCGCUGGCCGGAUUCCGGGUGGAUAGGUCCGGAUUCGAGAGCUGGCCAGUUCAUUGUUUAUUGAUCCUGGGCAAAACACUUAAUUUGCCUUCCUUCCCCGCACCCCUCCCUCGUGCGCUGUAAUAGAAACCUGAUAUAAUGCUUGGUGAGAGAGCUGCCCUGUACUACUCACGGAAAUCAAUUUGACGUCGGGAAGCUUGGGUCACCUGGCUCAAGUGCUCAGCUGCUUUACUUUUUAAGAUUUCUUUGUGUCAAAUGUCCUGUUGAUUGUCUACUUCUUACUUACAUACUAAUAAUCGACCGCGAUGUGAUGAUAUUCUCUACCUCUUCGAAAGUAUUCUCUUCAAAGGGGGACAAAAAUGAAACUACCACAAACGUGAGCUUCCUUGACAAGUCAAUAGAUAUGGCUCAAGCCGGGGGAAACAGCGGAUUUUCGAGAUGAAGGGACGUAUUCAUGCCCAGGUUAUUUUUUGAUCAAUAUUUUUGUGUAUUUUAUUCCCAACCACCGGAGUAGAAAGAUCGUAGACCGUGGUGUUAGUACAGCGAUAAGUCUCAAGUACAGUAGUUAUGUGGAAAACUCGUGGGUAAUAAGUAUUGUGCCAUCAAUGAUAAUCGUUGCAUCAGUGUUGCCUGUUAAAUAUAAAGGCCAAUCAGUAUUUUGGCCCUUACCAGGUCAGUACAUUGCCAAGGGACCACUCAUUAUUUGUCACCUGGGGGUCGAGGGACAGCACGGUUUUCAAGGGGAACGGAGGGGGGGACGGAUGGGGAUCAGUCGUCGCUAACAGAGUAUGAAGGGGGACUAUCAAAAAUUCGCUGUCAUUCCGGGGAGAAGUUUUUUAGAUUAAAACAGUUUUCCAAAGCUUUGAGAAGCCGUGCUCAAGGAUUAGCGGGCAACCCGACUGAAAUAAUUUCCUCACACUUGUUGCCACAACAAAUUGAUACGUUUUCUGUUUGUUAUUCUAGUUUACAAAACAAGUGCUCGCCGAGGUGUACUUUCCACAACUGGUCAUUCGACAAAUUAUGUCCUGUCAAUCAACCUACCGUCCAAGAGAGCGGAGAAUCACUGGGUUGUACGAGGAGUCGCCAUGCUUUGUCAGCUGGACGAUUAAAAUGGCACGACCGAGAAAUGUACUUAAUAAUAUAGGACUAUUUUUGGUUGAGUUUGGGUUGCUAAGUUAGUCGAAAAGAACACCAGGCAUGCGCAAGAUGUUUUUUAGCUUCCUAUGCUCAAUUUGAUUUUUUUUUUAAUGCAAUCAAAGACUGAUCAAACUUCAUUUAUUGUUUUCCUUCAUAGUAGAUCACUUGAGAAAGCUCUUAUUAGUUGUGCAGACAUCAUACUCUAGCAUUCCUACUUUAAUUCCUUGCUGGCAUUUUUAAGGGACACCUGGUUGUUAAGUUCGUUGUAUUAUUAUUUUUUUCUUGAAAAAGACUGGGGGUCACACAUACUCCCCCAUUACCUCCCACCUCAAAGUUCGUCCUUGAAUACAACAAAAUACUUAUCGAACCAUACAUGCUUUUGUUACUUAUCAUGUGGUACCUACUAAUUGAAUUUGUUCGCGCGGGACGCGGGUCAAUCUGCGUCCGUUACGCUCGACCGGGCAUUUUCCCACUAAUCGAGAGAUUUUCAAAGCAUGACAUUUACGUCUGCUUUCAGUUUUUCGCACACCAAAGUGAAAACAAUUGAAUUUGAAUUUCAAAAAAUACGUUUUUACUCUAUUCAUUGUUGAUUUAAGGUUCUGAGGAAGAGGAGAAGAGAGUAUAAUUUAACUUGAUUUGCUCGUAUUGGCGUUAUCAAACUGUCCAUUCAUUUCAUCACUUAUGCUAACUUAAUAACUUGCGUACUGUAGUUUUGAAAGGUAAUGGGAAACCCGUAGAAACUUUCUUAUCGCAUAUAGAGUCAGUAGAUAAGACAAAUUAUUUAUCGCUUGAAGAGUUUUUAUCGCCUAAAGAUGAUAGCUAAUUGCAUUUGCAGUAAUAAACAUAGUGAAUUAUUUUAGAAUUAUUCUUCACAAAAAUAAUUUAUUACACAGAGGCAUAUAUUUAUCUCUUUGACUCAAAAUUAAUUUAAUAAUGAGCGCAAUAUUUGAUUAGUAAAUUAAUGUGUUGUAGUCAGGUUUUCUAGAAAGCUCGUCAGUAGUAGUUCU